GCGCCGCAGCCUGCGACUUCGCGCUCAGUCAUUGUCCGACCAAAAACCUGGUCGUACGUCCAACCGCCGAUCGGCCGUCGCUACUUCGUUUGUCGAGUGCCCGUUUUCCGAACGGUUUGCUCCGAUCCCUGGAGUGUGCGUGCAGUGAAGUGAUGGUGUGUUUUUAGCUGUACAGCAAACAGUGUAUCGCUACAAAGUACCACAGUCCGGUGUGUUGCGAGUUCCACGGAGUUGUCUAACGGCUGUUCGCCUGCCGGCGAGGGAAGGCGGAUCGCUUCAACCGGGAGGAAUGAGCCCCGCACACCAUAGUCCCUACACUCACCGAUGAUCUCAAGAGACCAUGUAUAUAGACACCUUACCUCUAGUGGUUUGGACGCUUUUAGUCACAACGACACAUGUAGCGACAGAAGGCCAAUAUGGAAUAGGUUUAGGAAUAAAACGAGAAGUAUUUUUCUUAAAUUUAGAAGACGGCUAUUUUGGUUGUCAAGUAAACGAAUCAACGCAAAUAUUACAAUUAUAUGAAUUAUCGAAAUUAUGCGACGGUGUGCCAGACUGCUAUAAAGCUUCCGACGAACUUAGGUCGGAGCUGAAAUGCACAGACGAUUGUACCAAAGAAGAUGGCGCGCAGUGUAUAAAUGGAGCCUGCUUGAACGGUGUGUGCCAUUGUAAUGACGGUUUCGGAGGAUGCAAUUGCCAAGAAGCCGAUGUAAACGAAUGCAAGGAAAGGCCAUGUGAUGUCUUUGCUCACUGUACAAAUACGGUGGGUAGUUUCCAAUGUUCCUGUUUCCCAGGCUACGAAGGCGAUGGUUUUACUUGCAGAGAUAUAAACGAAUGUGAAGACCCAGCAGUAGCAUCACGAUGUGUAGCAAACGCUGAGUGUUGCAAUUUGCCUGCUCAUUUCAUCUGCAAAUGCAAUCGUGGAUUCGAAGGAGAUGGCGAGGAAGAGUGCCGAGAUAUCGACGAAUGUCGACGACCUGGCGCUUGUGGAAUCAACGCAGUCUGUCAAAAUUAUCCGGGCAAUUACACGUGCGCCUGUCUAGCUGGUUACACUGGAAAUCCAUUCGAUGGUUGUGUGGACGUGGAUGAGUGCGCAAGCGGGUCGGCAUGCGGCGCAGGUGCGACGUGCAGAAACGUGGAAGGCGGGUUCGAGUGCAGUUGUCCCCCCGGUAGCGAGGGUGACCCGCGCGUCGCCUGCCAGGAGCUGGACGCAUGCGCGCGCGCCCAGUGCGGUCGCGGAGCUCUCUGCCAGAAUCUUCCCGGCGCUUACCGCUGCAUCUGCCCGCCUGGUUUCCAAGGCAACCCAGACGUAGGAUGUACUGACGUGGAUGAAUGUAAGAGUAGCAAGAAGGUGUGCGGCGACCACGCCGUAUGUACCAACACGGUGGGCAGUUACGUAUGCGCGUGCGAACCGGAGUACACAGGCGAUGCGCGCGUGCCACACGGCUGCCGCGACGUCGACGAAUGCGAAGCGCUGGAACGCCCCUGUGGGACGCACGCCGUCUGCGAGAAUGCUGCGCCCGGAUACAACUGUAUCUGUCCUCAAGGAUACAGAGCCAAACCUGAUCCACAAGUUGCCUGUGAACAGAUUGACGUCAAUACUCUAUGUAAAUCUAAUUUUGACUGUACAAAUAACGCUGAAUGUAUAGAAGACCAGUGUUUCUGUAAAGAGGGAUUCGAUGCAAAAGGAUCUGUUUGUGUUGAUAUUGAUGAAUGUGCUACAAAAACAUCGACUUGUGGAGAAAAUGCUAUGUGUAUUAAUACGUUGGGGUCUUACGAAUGUGAGUGCGCUACAGGAUUCGUAGGGUCACCACCGACAGUAAAAUGUCGCGCUCCGUGCGAUGAUGUGAAAUGCGGAGAUCAUGCCUACUGCAAACCAGAUGGCGCUGAAGCUUAUUGCGUAUGUGACGAUGGUUGGACUUUCGACCCCACAGACAUAGCAGCCGGUUGUAUCGAUAUUAAUGAAUGUGACACCUCUGUUGGACCAGUCGGCCGCUGUGGUAUAAAUGCGAGAUGCUCAAACACAUUGGGUAGCUUUAUGUGCCAGUGUCCAGAAGGUUAUACUGGAAAUGCAUAUAAACAGUGCAUAGAUAUCGAUGAAUGCCAAACUGACGGAGCAUGCGGUGUUGGCGCAGAAUGUAUUAAUCGAGAUGGUUCAUACAGCUGUGAAUGUGCUGAAGGCACUGUGCCCGAUCCUGAUCCACGAGUACGAUGUGCUGAAAUCCUUUUAUGUAGAAAUAAUGAUGAAUGCCCCGGUAAUGCUAUAUGCGAUCAAAACUCAAGAUGUUUGUGUCCAGAUCCUAAUGUUGGCAAUGAAUGCAGGCAUCCUUGCGAAACUUUACAUUGCGGUAGCAACUCCGAAUGCCUAUUGACAGACCAAACGGCUCAGUGCACGUGCCGAAGUGGUUUCACUGGAAACCCGUCAUCUCUCGGAGGUUGUCAAGAUAUAAAUGAGUGUCUUUCUAAUCCUUGUGGCGCUGGAGCUGUGUGUAAAAAUUUACCUGGAAACUUCCAAUGCGAAUGUCCUGGCAGUUUCCACGGGGACCCUUAUAUUGAUGGAUGCGUGCCAGGUAAAAUGCCAAGUGAAUGCAGUGACACUAAUCCUUGCCCUCUCGGCGAACAAUGUAUAUCACACGACGCAGAAAAUGUCUGCAUUUGCUCUCAAGGGUACAUUCGUAGUAAAGAAACGGGUUUGUGUGAAGACAUCAACGAAUGCACUCAACAUGGACACUCCCCGUGUGGUCUAAAUGCAAUCUGUAAAAACCUACCGGGAAGUUACGAGUGCAAAUGCCCCUCGGAAUAUAGUGGCAACCCUUAUAAUCUAUGUGAAAUGUGCAAUGAUAUUAAUUGCCAAUGCCAGCCACCAUACAAAGUUGUAAAUGGUAAUUGCGUUCUAUCAGGGUGCUCAAAGGAUAAAAAAUGCGGGAAGGGUGCCGACUGCAUAGUUAUUUCAGACGGAGUAAGUUACUGUGCUUGUCCUGCCGGAUUUUCUCAAACUCUCGAUGGUUCAUGCGAAGAUAUAAACGAAUGCACUGCUGGUCAGCCUGUAUGCGGAAUCGGCGCGGAAUGUAUGAAUACAGUGGGUUCUUUUAUUUGUAAAUGUCCACCAGGUUAUGGUCAAGACAUCACUACUGGGCAUUGUAGCAUAAAUCAAAAACGUUGUAUUAGCGAUUCUGAUUGCUUUUCUAAUGAAAAAUGUAUCGAACCUGGGAAAUGUGUUUGCCCACCGCCAUUUUAUCUAGACGUAACUGACGGUCAAAAGUGCAAAAGUCCAUGUGAGAGGUUUACUUGUGGAAUUAAUGCAAAGUGUACGCCCAGUGACCCACCUAGAUGUAUGUGUAUGGCGGGAUUCGAGGGAGAUCCAUAUACAGGUUGCACUAACAGAAAUGAAUGUCAUAGCGCUCCCUGUGCAUAUGGUGCGAUAUGUCAUGACAAAAAGGGUGGUUUUCAAUGUGAAUGCCCUCAAAAUAUGAUUGGAGAUCCUUAUAAAACCGGAUGUAGCGUCGAGGAAGAGCCGACACAAAAACAACUUUGUAGCUCAGACAAUGAAUGUCCAAACACGCUAUCAUGCUUGAACCGUACUUGCCUAUCACCUUGCGGCAGUGUUUCUUGUGGGCCUAAUGCCUUUUGUGAAGUCGAUAAUCACGCAGCAUGGUGUCGCUGCAAUCCUGGAUACACUAAACCUGAAGGCGGAAAGUGCAUAUCCGGUUGCGAUUCGUUCUCAUGCGCUUCUCGUGCACAAUGUAUUAUAUCAAAGUCAGGGCCAACAUGCGUGUGUCCUGAGGGCAUGGUAGGAAAUCCAUUUCCGGGGGGCUCUUGCAGAAGAGACGUGUGCGGGCCGGGCGCGCCGUGUGAGGAGCCCAUGUCUUGCGUGGCGGGGCGAUGUCGCCAGCGUUGUGAAGGCGUAGUAUGCGGAGUAGGCGCCUCGUGCAAUGAACAAAGUGGAAAAUGCGUUUGUAAUGAUUUCUUUGUCGGAAACCCUGAUUUGCUAUGCAUGCCACCUAUUUCACCACCAACGUGCGAACCAGGAUGUGGGAAUAAUGCACAUUGCGUUUACGGACUUUCAAACGCUUGUAAGUGUAACAAAGGUUAUACUGGAAAUCCGUAUAUCAAAUGCCUCACUCGGAGACAAAUAACUUGUGCUAAAGCAUCUUGCGGUCGGAACGCUGUUUGUCAACAAACACGAUCACAUGUCGAGUGCCUCUGCCCACCAGGUUAUAUUGGAAAUCCAAAUCUACAAUGUAUUGAUAUAGACGAAUGUAGCUCUAAACCAUGUGCUGAGAAUGCAAUUUGCAUCAAUACCCCAGGAAGUUUCAGUUGUAUUUGCAAAAGUCACUACGUGGGUAAUCCGUACGAACUUUGUUCGCAUGUAUCCAUUUCUAAGUGUACCGAAGGCAACAGUUGCACUUGUACUCAUAAUGCUACAUGCCCAGAUGGAUACAUAUGUGAAAGAUCCAGAUGUGUCGAUGCUUGUCGCAAAAUGUCUUGUGGCCCGAAAUCAAUAUGUGAAGAAGGCAUUUGCCAUUGUCUACCCGGAUAUACAGGAAAUCCCAACAACUUGCAACAUGGGUGUGUUCUCGAUAAUAAGUGUAUGACAGAUGGUGAUUGCAAAGACACUGAAAUAUGCUUUCAGGUAGCAAAAAUUUUUAGAAAAUGCGUGGAUUCUUGCAGUAAGUUGCAAUGUGGACCUAAUUCAUUGUGUGUUAGCUCCAAUCAUCAAGCUCAUUGUUUAUGUGCUGAAGGGUACGUGGGCAAAGCAAAUGACGUUAAAUCUGGUUGCUAUUUAGAGCAUGGCGAACCAAAUGUAAUUGAAUGCAAUGGACACAGCGACUGCACAGAGCCGCAACUUUGCAUGCCAGUGGAUGGGUCUACGAAUAGGUGUAUAGAUUUAUGUUCAACUAUAGCUUGCAGCGCUAACGAAGUGUGUAGAGUGAUAGACAAUAGUGUACGCUGUGAUUGCAAAGAUAAUUUCCGUUGGAAUCCUGUAACUUCUAUUUGUGAGCAACCAUCUACUCCAAGUUGUGAAAAAGAUAAUGACUGCGACGACAACAAGUCAUGCCAAAAAGAUGUACUCGGUGUAAGGAAAUGUUUUGACAACUGUUUGGCAUUUAGUUGCCCUCAGAAUUCAAAAUGUAUAACUAGACGCCAUAAAAGUCAAUGCGAAUGUUUAUCGGGUUUUAUAGGAAAUCCCAAUGACCGUGAUGGAUGUUUACCUAUCAAUAAAAACCAAUGCGUCGAUGAUGCACAAUGCCGAGAAAAUGAGAUUUGUAAAUAUGUUGGUUCUAUUAAAAAAUGUACAUCAGCUUGUCAACAAAAAAUUUGCGGUCCGAAUGCAAUCUGCGUUACCAAUAACCAUGUUGCAAAAUGUCAGUGUCCAUCUGGGCCCUUUACCGGCAAUCCUGAUGAUCUAGAAAAAGGAUGUCAAUCAGUCCCAUGCAUAUAUAACACGGAUUGCUUAGCCCACGAAUUGUGUAACCGUAUGACACAUACUUGUAUGAAUGCAUGUGCCGAGGAUUCUUGUGGUGAUAAUGCUGUAUGUAUAGCAGAAAAUCAUAAAAUAAGUUGUCAAUGUCCAAGUGGCUAUAAAGCGGAUCCACUACCAGAGGUUAAUUGUAGAAAGAUAGAGGUCUGCAAUCCAAACCCUUGUCAUCCAACUGCCAUCUGCGAGUCACAUCUUACAUCGUACACAUGUAAAUGUCCUGUUGGAUUGACAAGUGACAAAACAGGAGUAUGUAGAGUUCAGGACGAUUGUCCUUAUGGUGAUGAUGACUGUCCGUUAGAAGCAACCUGCGUCGCAGGACGAUGUGUAAAUCCAUGUGACGGAGCAUGUGGUAUAAACUCUCUGUGUAAAAUUGUAGAUAGAAAAGCUAUUUGUUUGUGUUCCGAAGGUUAUGAAAGCAUUCAAGGCGGUAAUGCUUGCAAGAAAAAGUUGCUAACCUGUGAUAAUGAUGCUCAUUGCGACGGGGAUGUGUGUUAUAAUGGACAGUGUUUAACUGCUUGUAAAAACUCCAGCCAAUGCGAUAAAGGAGAUAUAUGCAUAAAGAAUUUUUGCAUGACACAAUGCGCGAAGCAUUCUCAAUGUGGCAUUGGACAAGCAUGCGUAGGCGGACAAUGUUUAGUUGGCUGCAGAGUUAAUGACGACUGUGCCAGCGAAGAAUCUUGCAUAAACAACAAAUGUGUUAAUCCAUGUCUUGUAACACGAGUGUGUGGUCCGAAUGCUAUUUGUUCAAGAAUUAAUCACAGUACAAAAUGUGAAUGUCCACUCGGAUUUGAAGGAACGCCUUCUCCUCAACAAGGCUGUGUACGGAUACCAAGUGCGUGCAGUAAAACAUCCGAAUGUCCACCAGAUCAUAUGUGUAUUGGAUUUUUGUGCGAAGUGCCUUGUCAAGAUAACUCUGGGUGCGCGAUUGGUGAGAAAUGCAGCGAUAAUAAAUGCCACAAAAUCUGCCACUCCAGUGGAAACUGUUUGCAUGGAGAACAUUGCAGUUCUGGCUUAUGUAUACCUGGCUGCAAAUCAGAUGCAGAUUGCCUUAGUAACCAACGUUGUAAAUCAACAACAUGCCAAUGCUUACCUGGUUUUAAAAUAAAUAUUGACGAAUGUAUUAAUAUCAAUGAAUGUUUAGACACUCCAUGCCAUCCAUCAGCUCAGUGUGAAGACACAAUAGGGUCUUUCAAAUGUAUUUGCCCAACUGGAGCAAUCGGUGAUCCUUAUAAAACUGGAUGUAUACUACCAAACCAGUGUAGACGAGAUGAACAAUGUGACAGCUCACUUGCUUGUAUACGAGGAAAAUGCCAGAAUCCUUGUCAGACUAAAGCAUGCGGGUUGAAUGCAAUGUGUUCAGUUCUAAACCAUAGAGUUGCAUGCUCUUGCAAAAAAGGAUUUCUCGGCAAUCCACUAGACAAAAAUAUUGGAUGUUUCAAAGUGGAAUGUGUCGAUAGUUCAGAUUGUUCCAGUGAUAAAUAUUGCAAUAGUAGAAGUAACAAAUGUUCCGAUAAAUGCGAUGAUUCUGCAUGUCAAGGGGGUACGUGUAAAAUUAUAAAUCAUAAAUCAACGUGCAGUUGCCCAAUAGGCUUUAAUUUAAAUAAUAAUGCCUGUGAGGAUAUUAACGAAUGCGUGAACAAUCCAUGCCCCGUAAAUUCAGAUUGCGAAAAUUCACAUGGAUCUUAUGCAUGCAAAUGCAUUAAUGGAACAAUAUUAGACACAAGUAAAGGCAUUUGCAAACUACCCGGCGAUUGUUUUUCAAAUAAUGACUGCUCGGAAAAAACUACGUGUAUUAACAAUCGAUGCAUCAACCCCUGUCAAAAAUCGUCACCAUGCGGUGAAAAUGCGCAGUGUAUCGGGGAAUCACAUAAUGCUAUUUGUGAGUGCCUGCCAAAUAGCCAAGGGGAUCCUUACAAGAAAUGCACUAAAUUCGAAUGUACAAAAGAUACCGAUUGUUUGUCAGAAGAAGCAUGUGUCAACUAUAAAUGUGUAAACUCUUGUAGUAUUCCACGAGCUUGCGGCAGAAAUGCCGAUUGUCUUUCCAGAAGCCAUAUCGGACAUUGUUCGUGUUCACCUGGCUAUACUGGGGACCCAGUGCUUGGGUGCGUCCCAAUACAGUACUGCACUGAUGACAGCAGAUGUUCUUCUGGCACUAAAUGUGUCGAUAAUUUGUGUGUCGGUUUAUGUAAAAGCUCAAGGGAAUGUUUAAGUGAUCAAGUUUGUAUUCAAGGAACAUGUCGAUUAACCUGCAACUCUAAUAAUACCUGCCCAGAUUUUCAAUUUUGCUUAAAUAGAGUUUGCACUAAGGAAGUUCAGUGCAUGGCCGACGAUGAUUGUGCUGAAGAUGAAAAAUGUUCUGUAAGCAGAAAUGGAAUUCCGCAAUGUGUCAAAGUAUGUGACGGACAUCCAUGUGGACGGCAAGCUAACUGUUUAGGUCAAGUUCAUAAGCCUGUUUGCUCAUGCAAAGCUGGAUAUUAUGGAGAUCCACGACAAAGUUGUAAAAGAAAACAAUGUGAUAUUGAUAAUGACUGUACGGAUGAUAAAUUGUGUGAUAAGAAUAUGUGCAAAAUAGCAUGUCUGAUGAGUAACGACUGUGGAGACAAUUCAGUUUGUUCAUCUGAAAAUCAUAAAGGUGUAUGUUAUUGCCAACCCGGGUAUACUGGCGAUCCUUACAGAGGUUGCGUGGAAAUUAAUUGGUGCGAAUCUAAUACUUGUGGGAGUGGAGCUGAAUGUAAGAACACACGAAACAGUGCGCUAUGCACAUGUCCUACCGGAACAGUAGGCAAUGCUUACGAGGAGGGAUGUCGUAAAGCACAAGAAUGCCGAUAUAAUAGAGACUGCCCAGCUGCCGCUCGCUGUACUGUUACUGGUGCUAUAAGCAAAUGUACAGAUGCAUGUGAAAACAUAAAAUGCGAUAAAAAUGCAGAAUGUGUUGCCGUUCGACAUAUGGGACAAUGUAAAUGUAAAACAGGCUAUGCAGGAAAUCCUAACUCUCCAAAUGGAUGUAGCCCUCGUGAAAUUACAUGCACUGGGAAAACAGACUGUCCUAAUGACAAAUAUUGCCAUAAAGGAAUUUGUAAAGCUCUCUGUCUUUUGGAUGAAGAAUGUGAUUCAUCAGAGAAAUGCAUUACUGGUCAAUGUUUGGAUCCAUGUCAGGUAGAAAAAAGCUGCGGUUUGAAUGCUAUCUGUCGGUCUGAAAAUCACGUGGUGCAAUGUAGCUGUCCACAUGCAUUUACCGGAAAUCAAGAUGUAGAAUGUGUUCGAAUUCCCCGUUUAUGUGGUGGCGCUGGAGAAUGUGAAAAUGGCCACAUGUGUCAUGAUUCAAUGUGCGUUCCUCGAUGUAAAGUGGAUGAAGAAUGUGCACUUAAUGAACGGUGUUCUAAAGGAGCUUGUUUAUUAACGUGCAGAGUAGAUAAUGACUGCUUUUUAGGACACAUAUGCUUAGGAAAUACUUGUCAAUACGGAUGCAGGCAUGACGAAGAUUGUGGUCCCGAUGAAUAUUGCAAAAACAAUUUUUGUGGAAACCCAUGUGCCAGUAACAUAAAUCCAUGCGGACCCAAUGCACUUUGCUCUGCAGUGGACAGGAAAGCACUCUGUUCGUGUCCAGAUGGUCUUAUACCAAACCCGACACCCAAUAUAGGAUGCGUGCGAACGCCCACAUUACAGUGCCGCAUGCAUACAGAUUGUUCUGCUGGUUGGAGGUGCGAGGACGACCGUUGCCGGCCGGCUUGUACGCUUGACGGCGCUGAGUGCCUGCAGGGCGAACGGUGUGACGCCGGGGUGUGCCGUUACGCAUGUACUUCCGACGAGCAAUGCUCUGACGACGAAGUAUGUGAUGGCCGCUUGUGCGUAACAGGGUGUAAAACAGAUUCUCACUGCGCAAACAAUCUUGCGUGCAUAUCAGGACAAUGUAGUGAUCCUUGCACUGAACCAGCUACAUGCGGCUCUAACGCUUUAUGCACAACUAAAGAUCAUCGCCCUGUUUGUAGUUGUCCACCAGCAUUAGUUGGAGACCCAAGAACUGUUUGUAGGAGAGAAAUGACUCCUUGUGAUCGAAAUAAGAAUUGUGCAGAUGGAUUUAGCUGUUACGGCGACACUUGUCAUCCAUCUUGUAGAAGUGACGUCAUAUGUUUAUCUAACGAAAAGUGCAUUCGGGGAAUAUGUCGAGUUGUAUGCAAUAGUGACGAAGCGUGUAGCGAUGGGCAAGUUUGUGAAAACAGAAUUUGUAAACAAGGCUGCAGAGAUGACAACGCUUGUGAUGAAUCUCAAGCCUGUUUCAACGGCCAAUGUAAAGAUCCAUGCAAGGAAAGCGGUUUAUGCGGCAUUUGUUCAGAGUGCAAUGUUUUAAAUCAUCGAGCACAAUGUAGUUGCUCCAGAAAUUUCACCGGUAAUCCUUUAGUGGAAUGUAAAAGAAAACAAUUGCAGUGUGAUGGAUAUUGUCCAUGUGAUGACAGUGAAUAUUGUAUAUCCCUAUGCGAUGAUAAUAUGGAUUGUUCAUGUGGAGAAAAAUGUGUUGACGGCGGUUGUCGAACAUUAUGCUCAUCGAAAAACAAAUGUCCUCAAAGACAGAUAUGCGUUAAAGGUGCAUGCAUUGCUGGGUGCAACAAUGACAGAGAUUGCGGAGAUGACAUGUUGUGCUUCGCAAAACUUUGUCAGCCGGCUUGCCAUGAAAAGUCAUGUGGGAAAAAUGCAGUUUGUUUACCGACCCACCAUCGAGCAGUGUGUAAUUGCCCUAGCGGAUUUUCAGGUGAUCCAUUAAGCGAAUGUAAUGCUUACGACUGUCAGCACGACGAAGAAUGUGGUGCCGAUGAAGUGUGCCUGGAAGAAGGAAAAUGUAAAAAUGUAUGCAUAGGCGCAUGCGGAGUCAAUGCUAUCUGUCGUGCAAUGGACAGAUCACCACAGUGCUCUUGUCCGCCAAAUUAUUUAGGGAACCCUAAAUUUGAAUGUUCUAAGCCAGCUGCUGGCAGCUGCUUGCGCAAUCCUUGCGGAAUAAAUGCGCGUUGCCGGGAUUUCGACGAUGGUAGUUACGAGUGUACAUGCCCGCCAAACUGCGCUGGUGACCCACAAAAACAGUGCUUCUGUGGUGCUAUGGAGCCCUGCGCAUACAAAGGGUGUGGGACGAAUGCGCAGUGUCGUAUUGGGCAUAAUAAGGAAGCUCAAUGUUACUGCCCACGCAACUACCCUAACGGUGAUCCAAAUAUAGAAUGUUCUCAAGAGCGUAGUGUGGUUGAUUGUCGAACAACUGGUUGCGGAAUCAACGGAGAAUGUUUGAGAGAAGGAGCAGAGUUUGUUUGCCAUUGUAUUCCUGGCACGGAAGGACAAGCAGAUAUUGAAUGCCAUACUAGUAUCGAAUGUACGAGCGAUAAGGAGUGUCCACUUGACAAGGCCUGCCUGAGCUUGCAUUGCGUGGACCCUUGCACUGUUCGCGGCACGUGUGGUGAGGAUGCGCUGUGUGAGUCGGUGGCGCACCGGCCGCAAUGCUCGUGCCCACAGUGUUACGUAGGGCAGCCACGGGUGGCCUGUCGGCCUGAUCCAGCCUGCACACCAUCAUCAGAGCCAAACUCUACAUUCACAUGUUCUCCAACUAAGUCUUGCCCGCAUCGAUUGGCAUGCGACUUUGAUGCAGGCCAGUGCCGAAAUCCAUGCCUGAACUACCAAAACUGUCGUAGAAACCAAAAGUGUGAAGUUAGAAAUCACGAACCCGUUUGCGUUUGCCGCAAUGGAUUUGCAUUAAAUGAUAAAGGAGAAUUAACUUGCGCACCGGAAGAUGCAGAAUGUACACGGGACGAACAAUGUCCUUCUAAUGCGGCAUGUCGUAAUUCCAAGUGUGUGAAUCCCUGCUUGGCGUCAAAGGAACCCAUGUGUCCAAAGGGAAAACAAUGCGAAGUUGUGGAGCACAACGCUAUCUGCGUGUGCAUCGAAGACUGUCACACCGCAGUAUCAAUAUGUUUACGGGACAAUGGGUGUCCGCAAAACUUGGCGUGCAGAGACUUCGAAUGCAGAGACCCUUGUAAAGGCGCUUGCGGUGGUGCUCCAUGUUCAGUAGAAGACCACCAUCCAGUUUGCAAGUUCUGUCCUAAAGGAUUCACACACGACCAAAAUCAUGGCUGCAUUAAAGCGUUAGAAUGCACUUCGGAUGAACAAUGUGCGCCGAAUCUGGCGUGUGCAGGUGGGCGCUGUGCCAACCCAUGCGAGCGUGGCGGUCCUUGCGCCUCUGGCCAACACUGCGCCGUUUCCAACCAUCAACCCGUCUGCUCUAGAGGGCCUGUUACAAAUUGUGCACACUGUCGACCAGGAGUACCUUGCGACCCAUUUUCAGGGGCCUGCAUGGAAAAUGUUCCGCCUAAAAAUGACCCACUAACUGAAAUAUACCUCGAUACAACCACGGAAACCAUAAAUCUGGGAACAGAAGGCGAAACUGAUGUAACUGACACGACUAAAAUGUCUUCCGACUAUUUUAAAUAUACUGACACAACUACUGUAUUGAACAUUAACUCAGUUGACGUUACAUCCACAACUUAUAAUUCAGAUGAAAUGGAAACUAUAACAACUACAAACUCAAACAUACCUACUGAAGAAUACCGCGAGUCUAGUGUCAAUAUUGAGUCAUAUACAGAAACUUCCACUGUUAAAACCACCGUUAGUUCAUUAGAAACGACGACGAACAGCGUAGAGACAGUAUUUUCUACAAACACAAUAAAUGAUAUUAAAACUACAAGUGGUAUGCAGACCCCUGAAACUAAAUCAACAGGAACUAAUACUACCCCUGAAAGUUCUGGAGUAACUACGGAUUAUAAUAUUAAUUUAGCAACUCGUCAGCAAGAUGACAGUGUAACAGAAAUGACUGCCCUUUUUACCGAAACUAUAAGCAAUUAUUCAUCUACUCUAGAUUCUGAUCAGCUAGUAGAUAGUAGUAGUACUGUCCAUUUUGAAAGCACCGUGAAACCAUUAACAGUCAACUAUACAACUAAAAGUUCAACAACAACGCCCAAUGAAAAUAAAAAUACAAAAACACCAGAUAAUCAAAGACAAUUAGGGAGCAAUUUCACUGACACCGCAAACAGUAUGUACAAUGUAACAAUCAAACAUAGGGACAGGCCAGAAUUCCCUGUAACGAUUUUAGAUAAUACUUCAGCAAUGACAAGUAUAGCAAGUGAAACUGAUGGGAAAACAGACAAUGUUCCUACAGAAAAUACAAACGCAUUUGCCACGUAUCAAAAUGAAGACCUUACCACCACCACCACCACCUUAAAUAGUCUGCGUACAUAUUCUACGGCUACUACCACUAUUUUAGAGGUUACUAAUAAGGAAUCGUCUACUUCCCAUGAAAACACGAAAGAAAUAUUUGAUUCAACAAGUAACAUUGAGGUAACUAAGGAUUUAGCGUAUCAAACACAGUAUACAGAAAUAUCCCUAGAAGACAAAACAACUCAAGUUACUGAAAAUACAGUAAACCCUAUGACUGUCUCUAGUGAAAUUCCAUACACGCAGGAUAUGGAAGUAACUUCAUUUUCUACUGAGUCUUAUAAAACUUUAAGUACUGAAGUCCAACCUCCACAAGGAAUUGAUCCAGAUACAGAAGAAAAUACUGUUAUAACACCACUCAAUAAAAGUAUUAAUGAAACAAAAAAAACAGAUGUUUUACCUAAAGUCACCACCAACACAGUUAUUAAAGAUAUGCAACAUUCAACAGUUGAAUCGGGUUUUGCAACAGUUACUGAAACAUCAUCUUCUUUAUUUUCAUCCGGGUCAAUCACAUCGCAGGCUACAUACACAGAAAUCGAUUCUGUAACAGAGCCUUAUACAGGCCUAAUAGGUAACAUUUCAACAAGCACCGAUACAAGUGAACUUAGUAAUAUCCAUGAUGUGACAUCGAAUGAUCUAUUAACUACAGUGUCAUAUAAAUCAUAUGAUACAACCAUGGACCAACAAACUACCAGUCAAACUUUGCACACACAAUCUUUGGCAAGAAAUUCAGAAGCGUCCGAUAUAACUGAAACUACAAUACUUCACUCGUUAAGUACUACUGAAUCGCAUACUGAAUUCGACUCGACAGAACAGUCAACUUAUACAGCACAAAAUAAAAGCACAGAUUUUUCUUCCGUAGUCACCAAUAUGGGUAGUGAAGACAUGCAACAUUCAACUGAAAAAGGAACAGUCGAGUCAGUUACUGAAACAACCACAACUGUAAAUACUGCAUUAUUUAAAUCACCUGAAUCAUUUGAAUCGUCAACUACAAAUACAGACAACAAAAUAACUGACCUUAAUCACUCAAUAGAUUCAAAUAACUUCACAAUAAUUGAAUAUAACUCUGUAACUGAGCCAUUCACUAAGCCAAUAGAUGAAAUUCAUUAUAGCACCGAAACAAGUGGAUUUAGCGAAACUGUUAGGGAACCGGAUGAUCGUAUGAUUACAGCUACAUAUAAACCAUAUGACACAACAGUGGAAGAACAAACACCCAGUAAAAAUUUACACACACAAUCUGUGUCAACAGAUUCAGAAGCGUUUGAUACAAGGGAAACUACAACAAGUCACUCAUUAAGCACUACCGACUUGCAUAACGAAUUGGAUUCGGCUAAACAUUCAACUUAUAUAGAAGAUUUCUAUAUUAGUAAAACCACUAAACCUAGUUUUACAGAAACUGAUUUUCCGAUAACUGCUGAAGAUAAUGAAUCACGUGCAACUUUAAUAGAUACAACAUCAUAUUUGCCCGAUACACAACCUACAUAUAGCUCUAGCUCUAAAUCUCAUGAUUUUACAUCCACUGAAUCAUCGACGAAUUCAGAAGCGUUAGAUACAAGUAAAACUACAACAUAUAAAUUUACGGAACAAGCGAUAACUAAAUCAUCAGACAUAUCUGAAACUAAAACAACAGAUCAAUUAACAUUUUCAAUAACAACCGGUAUGGAGGAAACGACUAGUAUUUCGACAGAUAUUAAUAGUAUGAGGGACAUUUCAGAUAAAAAUCUAGUCAAUACGGAAGCGUACUCAGAUAUCUCACAUAAAGGUAUAACUACCGCAACUGAUUACACAACCAAAAGUGAACAUUUAACGUCGGAAAACAAUUUGUACACGCCUAUGGGACGAACAAAUGAAAUUUCCCAUAUACCUUCUUUGAAUGAUAUCACUGAAUCUCUUUCAAUCAAUACAGUCACAGAGGAACUUACGAUACCAACUAUUUCUAUGGAAGCUAAUGGUGACAGCACAAUAAAAUCAUAUUCGACAGAAACAUAUCCUACGCGAUUAAUUACACCAAAAGAAACAAAUAACAUACCACAGUCAACCAGCCCUGAUACAGUCAUGUCAAAUCCUACUCAAAGCACUGUGGAAGAUUCUGUAGAUGUUUCCUAUACUGAUAAAACAUCAAUAAGUUUAACUAUUGACGAUAAGCAAUCUAUAACCACUUCUCUUACGCAUGACUACACAACUGAAUUACCAAAAAAGAGUGUUACAGGUGAAACCUACACAGAUGGUAUAAUAUAUAGCGAUUCAGACACGGAAACUUUAACAGAAACCAAUACGGUUACUACGCACGGCGGUAUGACGAAUAAAAACAUAGUAGUUAAUACAACAACUGAGAAUUAUAUUACGGAUUAUACAUCUACCAGCGAUGAUGUAAGGACAAAUGUCUAUAACUUAUCAACAUCUGGUAGUAAUUCCAAAUUAUCAACCGAAACUAUACCAAUUCACGUAAUUGAUACGGAAUACACAAAACCUUGGGAACAAGAUACUACAAAUACCUAUGACUUGCCAGAGACGACUACAGCACUGAAUAAAGAUACAAAAAUAGAGGAAGAAGAUACAACUAAUACUAUUAGGGUUCACACAUCUACCAGCUAUGACCAACUUAUAAUAAAUAUGAAUAAUUCUGCAACAUUAGAUAAUGUCACUAAUAUGUCGACGACUAAUGUAAUGCCGAUAAAUAAGGAUUACACUAAGCCUUGGGACGAAAGUACACAAAAAACGUACAACUGGUACGAGACAACAACAAUCUUAAAUACAACUUCCGAAACUGAGACAGUACCCACAACGGGUAAUACGUUUUUCGAGGGCAUAACUGAUGAAUAUGUGCCUGAUGACAUGUCGACCGAGAAUUCUUAUGGCGUUCACACCUCCUCCAACGAUGAUGAUUAUAUCACAAAUAAUGAUAAUAUGGCAUCACAUGAUAAUGAUUUUUCGACUGAAAACACUACACCAAUUUACGCAAAUAAUACGGACUACACUAGCCCUUGGGAGGGAACUACUACAAACGCUUAUAAAAUAACCGAAACAACGCCGGAAAUAAAAACUGAGCUAACAACUGAAACUAAUACAGCGACUGAACUGACGGGUAACAUAUAUACAAGUCCCUCACACUCAACAACUCCCAACGCUAAUCUAUCAUCACGUAGAAAAGAUGUAGACAUACUAGCCUGGACUGACUCGACUCCAUAUACUGACAUGACUUCUACGGAAACAGCGUAUCCGAAUAAUGACUCUUACAACGUAACUAGCUGUAAAGUGAAUUCGAACUGCUCCACGGACAAAACCUGCAUAAACGGAGUGUGCCAGAACCCAUGUGCGAUGCAGAGCCUGUGUAUAAUGAACACGACAUGUAUCGUUGUCGACCAUGUGCCCCUGUGUAUGUGCGAUGGGAUCACUGGGAACAACUGCGUAAGAGCAUCACCUGGGACACCUAAGGCACCAGAGCCAUGUCAAUCUGACCGAGACUGUAUACAGACAGAAGCCUGCUUUAUGGGACUGUGUCAAAACCCCUGUGGGUUUAACAAUGUUUGUGGUAUUGGAGCCAAUUGCCACCCUAUCAAGCAAAGACCGAUGUGUUCAUGUCCCGCUGGACAAGACGGAGAUCCUGCUGUUAAAUGUUCACCUAAAAUAACCGGUUGCACUAGAAACGAAGAUUGUCUCAUCACCGAGGCUUGUAUAAAUAAUGCAUGUCAACUCCCAUGUGCCAUACACAACCCAUGCGUGCCGAAUGCGGCCUGUAUAAAUACGAAUCAUGGCUCCGACUGCAGCUGCCUUCAAGGUUUUCAAGGAAACGGAUAUGUUGGAUGUGUGCCAGUUAUUGACUCAUCGUCAGUAUGUCAAUAUAAUGAAGACUGUCCACCACAUCUGCUGUGCGAUAGAUUAAAUAGAGUCUGCAUAAACCCCUGCUCCGCAAACCAAUGCGGUGAUAACGCCGAAUGCGUCCCUUCAAACCAUGGUAUUCAAUGCCAAUGUGUUGAAGGAUUCACGGGUAACGCUUAUUUGGAAUGUUAUCAAGUACAAGGAUGUAGGUCCGAUAAUGAAUGUGCAAAUUCCGAGGCUUGCAUAAACGGUAGAUGUGAUUCGCCUUGUAGAUGUGGCAUUAAUGCUAUUUGCGAUGUUAUAAACCACCGUGCAUCUUGCAAAUGUCUACCAGGAUACAAUGGAAAUCCCAUGAUAGGCUGUGAUCCUCCAGUAAACCCAUGCAUCCCAAAUCCAUGUGGAAUUAAUGCAUUGUGUGAGAUCGACAAUGGAAAUCCCAUAUGCUACUGUCCUAAAGGAUCGACUGGCAACCCGUUCAAGAAUUGUAUACCAGAAGGCAAUGAAUGUGAGCCCAACCCCUGUGGGCCAAACUCCGGCUGUCGUUUAAUAGACAACAAACCAGCUUGUUUCUGUCUUCCGAAUUAUGAAGGAAAUCCCCCUAGACAAACUUGUAGACUACCGACUAAUCCCUGCAAUCCUUCACCUUGUGGACCGAAUACCCAAUGUACCGUAUUAUCAAAUGGCUUUGCAAAAUGCACUUGCCUACAAGGUUUUAUUGAAAGCCCCAACACAGUAAGAGGUUGUAUAGAGGCUCGUAACCCUUGUGAUCCAAAUCCAUGCGGAUCAGGCGCGCGUUGUGACCCUAACCGGGCCCCUGCAUGUUACUGCCCUGAAAGUACUAUUGGCAACCCCUACAAAUCUUGUAAUCCUCAAGGAUAUUUGCCACCUGAUACCACUUUAUGCAAUCCAAGCCCUUGUGGUGCGAAUGCUGACUGCUACGUAAGCAGUAACAGAGAAAUGUGUUUCUGUAAAUCUGGUUAUAGUGGAGAUCCAUAUGUUGGUUGUCAAGCUCAACGUAAUCCCUGCACACCAAAUCCAUGUGGACCGCAAGCUAUUUGUAAUGUUAACUAUGAUGGUCAAGCUUCUUGUACUUGUGCAGGUGGUAGCACUGGUAAUCCAUACGGUGUUGAAGGCUGUCUUUCACGAGAAUGCGAAGUAGAUGAUGAGUGCUCCGCUAAUAGAGCUUGCAUUGGAUAUACGUGUAGAGACCCUUGUCCAGGCGCAUGCGGUUUAAAUACUAAAUGCCAUGUUGAAUCCCAUCGUCCAGUGUGCGUAUGUGAAGAUGGACUUAUAGGUAAUCCUUUACUCUGCUGCUUGCCUCCGGAAUCUCACAAGGCAAUAUCACCAUGUAACAAGGUGCAGUGCGGCAUUAAUGCAAUUUGCCAGGAUAACGGAAAUGAUGCUCAGUGCUACUGUCCUACGGACUUCAUUGGGGAUCCAUAUGUUGAAUGCAAACUAGAAUGUACAAUGAAUUCAGAUUGCCCAUCGAAUGAAGCGUGUGUCAAUAAUAAGUGUGCUGACCCCUGUUUAACUAAAAAUGUUUGUGGUAUAAAUGCAGUUUGUCUCUGCUCCGAUCACACUGUAUCAUGCUUAUGUCCAGAUGGUUAUAUAGGAGAUCCGUUGGUUCAAUGCACCUAUCGACCAAUUAUCAUUCCGUCUGAUAACACUACUGCACAGCCAUGCACUCCGAACCCUUGUGAUCCGAACGCUCCAUGUGAUACUUAUGGAAAUCAAUUUGCAAUUUGCGAUGUUUGCCUGGGACCAGACGCUAUCAGUAAUCCAUCAUGCAGGCCAGAAUGUGUCCUUAACUCAGAUUGUGCAUUUGAUAAGGCAUGCUUAAAGAAUAAGUGUAUAGAUCCAUGUCCUGGUUCGUGUGGUAUGAAUACCGAUUGUACUGUUUAUCGACAUGAUCCGAUAUGUCGAUGUAUUAAGGACUUUGAAGGAAAUCCUUAUGAAUAUUGCAAACCCACAACGAGACCUAUUGAAGCAACAACCUGUGACAACAUUCAAUGUGGAGCUAACGCUUUUUGUCAGGAUUCUUAUGGAGUACUGAGUUGUCAAUGCCUACCAAAUUUCUAUGGCAAUCCUCAGUUGUCAUGUCGACCUGAAUGUGUUGUUAACAGCGAUUGUGCUACUAAUCUAGCCUGUCUUAACAAUAAAUGUGAAAAUCCAUGCAAAGAUGUUUGCGGUAUAAGAGCGCAAUGCGAAACUGUUAACCAUCACGCAAUAUGCUACUGCUCGCCAGGUGAGACGGGCGACCCUUACAUAAGAUGUCAGCCUGUUAUUGAAUCUCCGCCAUCGCACAACGUGUGCGACCCUUCGCCUUGUGGGCCGUACAGUCGUUGUCUUGUCUCACCAACCGGAUUCCCAGUUUGCUCGUGUUUGCCAGGCUACAGAGGAGUCGCACCAAUGUGUCAGCCAGAAUGCGUUAGUAACUCAGAUUGUCAACAAACAGACACAUGUGUCAAUCAGAAAUGUGUCAACCCAUGCCUGGGUAGCUGCGGCGUUAACGCAGAUUGUAUAGUUGUAAAUCAUAAUCCUAUAUGUGCUUGUGGACGUGAUAAGACUGGGGAUCCUUUUGUUGCUUGCGGAGAGAUGGGACCUAAAGAGAUUGUACCUAAAAAUCCUUGUGUGCCUUCUCCUUGCGGGCCUAAUUCCAUAUGUGAAAUUAAAUCUAAUCAUCCCGUCUGCUCAUGUAGCUCCAACUAUGUCGGAACUCCUCCAUUCUGUAGACCGGAAUGUGUAAUAAGCCAAGAAUGCGCGUCUAAUCAAGCAUGCAUAAACGAGAAAUGCGCGGAUCCGUGUGUUGGCGCUUGUGGAAAUAAUGCCAAGUGCGACGUCGUUAACCAUACGCCUCUGUGUAGUUGCCUCGAGGGCUACAGGGGAGACGCUUUUAUUGGAUGUGUUAUAAUAGUUAAUGAACCACCGACACCUUGCAAUCCUUCACCUUGUGGAGAAAAUACUAUAUGCACAGUAGUGAAUGACGUAGCUCGAUGCUCAUGUAUACCGCCCAAUAUCGGAAACCCUUACGCAGGUGGUUGUCGACCAGAGUGUACCAUGAACCCAGAUUGUCCCAAUAACUUAGCCUGUUUAUCCAAUCACUGUCGGGAUCCUUGCAAAGACUUAUGCGGAUUAAACGCUGAAUGCAGUGUCACCAACCAUGUGCCAGUUUGCACUUGUUUCAAAAACUAUGAAGGCGAUCCGUUCUCAUCCUGUCGACCAGUUACUGUAACUCAUCCUCCUUUAAAUCCUUGCGAACCUUCGCCAUGCGGUCCUAACAGUGAAUGUCAAGUGGUGAACCAGCGAGCGGCGUGUUCAUGUCGUGCAGGUUACCGCGGAUCGCCUCCUGCUUGUCGCCCGGAGUGUUCUGUCAACUCAGACUGCCCAUCUACAAGAGCCUGCAUAAAUCAAAAAUGCAAGGAUCCUUGCAUACACAGCUGCGGUCUUGAUGCCCGCUGUCAUGUAGUUGGACAUAAUCCGAUCUGCACAUGCCCAGAAAACCUGCCUGAAGGCGAUCCGUUCAUUAAAUGUUACUGGAAGAGUAAGCAGCCGUCAUCUCCUCAUCCAGAUCCAUGUUUACCUUCGCCAUGUGGGCCUCAUUCUACGUGUGCCAGUGAAAGCGGUCGUGCUGUGUGCGCCUGCGAACCUGGCACCUUAGGCGCGCCGCCUUCGUGUCGCCCUCAAUGCGUCAUCAAUCAAGACUGUCCUCUAGCUCUAGCCUGCCUCGCUGGGUCUUGUGUCAACCCUUGCGUUGGCUCUUGCGGAUUCAACGCGCGGUGUAUUGUGCAAAAUCAUCAACCUAUUUGUUCCUGCGAUGACGGAUAUUCCGGUGAUCCAUUUGCUGGCUGCAGUUUCAUUGAAGUUGCAAGAGAGAUACCAAGUCAUCCUUGCAACCCAUCGCCAUGUGGACCCAACGCCAUAUGUCGAGAAAGAAGUGGCGCUGGUUCUUGCACUUGUAUAGAUGAAUUUUACGGAGAUCCAUACCUUGGUUGUCGCCCUGAAUGCGUAAUGAAUACUGAUUGCGCAAGAGACAAAGCCUGCUUUAACAAUAAAUGUUUGGACCCAUGCCCUGGGACUUGUGGGCAAAACGCUGAAUGUAGAGUGAACAACCAUGCACCUUCAUGUUACUGCUUGACUGGAUAUAUUGGAAACCCUCUUCAUGCAUGUUCUCCUAUUACGAUUUUGCCAGAACCUGUGGAUCCAUGCCACCCUUCACCUUGUGGCCCUUAUAGUACAUGCCGUACAUUUAACGGGCAUGCUGUUUGUACAUGCUUAGAAAAAUGUAUUGGUUCUCCACCAAAUUGUCGGCCUGAAUGUAUUGCCACAUCCGAUUGUCGACCUAACAAAGCGUGUAUGAAUCAAAAAUGCCAAGACCCAUGCCCUGGUAUGUGUGGUAUUAAUGCGCAAUGUCAAGUGGUUAACCAUAAUCCAAUAUGUAGCUGUUUGAGUGGUUUUACUGGCGAUCCAUUUUCAAGAUGUUUCAUUGAAGAAAGGCCACCUGCGCCUCCGAUAGAUGUUUGUGUACCAAACCCAUGCGGUCCGCAUUCUCAAUGUAAAGAGAUAAAUGGCAUACCUGUAUGCUCGUGUUUGAAUGACUACGUGGGUCGUCCUCCUAACUGUAGACCAGAGUGUGUUAUUGAUGUGGAAUGUCCUGGAAACCUAGCUUGCCUUGCCGAAAAAUGUAGAGAUCCAUGUCCGGGUUCGUGCGGAGUGCAUGCUACUUGCAAUGUUGUUAAGCACGUACCGGUAUGUUCUUGUGAACAAGGAUAUACGGGAGAUCCAUUUUCGGGAUGCUCAUUCAUACCUAAUAUUGAGCCCCAGGUUCAAGAAAGCCCAUGUUAUCAUUCUCCUUGCGGAGCAAACGCUAUCUGUAAAGAAAGAAAUGGUAUCGGAUCCUGCUCAUGCCUUCCAGAAUAUUACGGUGACCCAUACGUUGAAUGUAGACCAGAAUGUGUAUUAAACUCUGAUUGUCCUAAAGACAAAGCUUGUUUCAAUAACAAGUGUAAAGAUCCAUGCCCAGGAGUUUGCGGUAUGAACGCUGAAUGCCGUGUGCACAAUCACGCUCCUUCUUGUGCAUGUUUACCAGGAUACGAAGGGAAUCCGUUUUCAUCGUGUUAUAUCGGAAAGAUUGAUUCAAUCGACCCUUGUGUACCUUCUCCAUGCGGGCCUUAUAGCGUGUGCCGUGUAAACGCUGGUCAUGCAAUAUGUUCAUGCCAAGAGCAGUACUUUGGGUCCCCACCUUCUUGUCGUCCCGAAUGCAUGGUCAGCAGUGAGUGUAUGCCUAAUAAGGCUUGUAAAAAUCAGAGAUGUGCAGACCCAUGCAUUGGAGCAUGUGGCAAUAAUGCGAAAUGCACUGUUGUAAAUCACAAUGCAUUAUGUAGCUGUCCAACAAAUUAUAUCGGGGACCCAUUUGUACAGUGCACGCAAGCACCAAUAUCACAACCAAGACCGCUGGGAAAUCCAUGUGUGCCUUCUCCUUGCGGACCAAAUUCCCAGUGCCGUGUGGUAGGAGAAACGCCUGCGUGUUCCUGUCUGCAAGGAUACAUCGGUAGAGCACCUAAUUGCCGACCUGAAUGUAUAUACGAUGAAGAGUGUCCUAGUAACCUCGCGUGUGUUCGGGAAAAAUGUGUCAAUCCAUGUGCGGGCUCUUGUGGCACAAAUGCAGAAUGCGUUGUAAUAAACCACAAGGCUGUUUGCCAUUGUUGGGAGGGUUACACUGGUGAUCCAUAUGGUGGUUGCCACUUUUUCGUUAUUGUGGCGAGCGAAGAGGAAACAAACCCAUGUUCUCAGUCACCCUGUGGCCCUAAUGCUGUAUGCACAGAAAGAAAUUCUGCUGGGGCAUGUACAUGUUCUCCUGGAUAUUUCGGAGAUCCAUAUCUCGGGUGUCGACCAGAAUGUGUGACAAAUAAUGAUUGUCCAUGGGAUAAGGCUUGUUCGAAUAAUAAAUGUACGGAUCCAUGCCAAGGAGCCUGUGGCAUUAAUGCGCAAUGUACGGUUGCCCAUCAUAACCCCGUAUGUUUAUGCCUAGAGGGUUAUGAAGGCAAUCCCGUAGUUUCCUGUCAUCCUCGACUAAUACCGCCAACUACCGAUUUAAAUCCAUGCAUGCCUUCUCCGUGUGGAGCAUACAGCCACUGCAAGGUGGUCGAUGGUCAUGGCGUGUGUUCAUGUCAGGAAGGUUAUGUUGGGUCGCCGCCCACAUGCAGGCCGGAAUGCGUAUCUAGUACAGAUUGUCCUCAGCAUCAAGCAUGCAUUCAACAGAAGUGUAAAGAUCCAUGUCCAGGAACUUGUGGCAUAAACGCUAGAUGUCAAGUUAUUAAUCAUAAUCCUAUUUGCACGUGUAAAGCUGGAUACACUGGUGAUCCAUUUAGUUCUUGCCAGUUAGAACCAAAACCUAUGUUUGAGGGGCCUAAAGGAAAUCCAUGCGUACCAUCACCGUGUGGUCCAUAUUCUCAAUGUAAAGUAGUGGGAGAAGCGCCUGCAUGUUCAUGCUUACCAAACUAUAUUGGUAUUGCACCUAAUUGUAGACCAGAAUGUUCUAUCAAUGCGGAAUGCCCUGGUAAUCUUGCAUGCCAAAACGAGCGGUGUAUAGAUCCCUGUCCGGGCUCAUGCGGUUUGAACGCGGACUGUUCCGUAGGCAAUCAUGUAGCAUUAUGUAAUUGUAUAUCAGGUUACACAGGUGAUCCUUUCAGUGGAUGUUCCCGAGUUGAGUAUCCACCUGAACCUUUGCCAAAUCCCUGCAAUCCUUCACCAUGUGGGGCGAAUGCAUUAUGCAAAGAACGGAAUGGAGUUGGUUCUUGUUCUUGCUUGCCAGAAUAUUUCGGAGAUCCGUACACUGGUUGUCGGCCAGAAUGCGUUUCUAAUUCCGAUUGUGAUCGGAACAAAGCUUGCUCAAACAACAGAUGUAAAGAUCCAUGCCCGGGAGCAUGUGGAGUAAACGCGGAAUGUAGAACAGUCAACCAUUCGCCUACCUGUACGUGCAUGUCUGGAUAUACCGGAAAUCCACUUGUUCAGUGUGUUAUAAAAGAACUUCCUCCUGGACGAGAUGAUAACGUAAAACCAUGCCAGCCAUCUCCUUGCGGACCUAACAGUUUAUGCCGAGAAGUAAACGGUCAUAGCGUAUGCACAUGCGAUAGCGGGUAUAUCGGCACACCUCCUACCUGCCGCCCUGAAUGUAUUGUGAGCUCCGAAUGCCCACAAGAUAAGGCAUGUGUCAACAAGAAAUGUAUUGACCCAUGCCCGAAUGCUUGUGGAUAUAAUGCACGUUGUCAAGUCGUUACACAUAAUCCUAUAUGCAGUUGUACACCUGGAUACACUGGCGAUCCGUUUUCAAAAUGCGAGUUGGAAGAAAAGAAAGUACCUUCAAAUCCAUGUGAACCAACGCCGUGUGGACCGAACUCCGAAUGCCGGAUAAUUGGAGAUCAAGCAGCAUGCUCGUGUAUGCCAAAUUACAUAGGAAGAGUGCCAAACUGUCGUCCUGAAUGUACUAUUGACGCUGAAUGUCCUAGCAAUACAGCCUGUGUUAAUGAACGCUGUAAAGACCCUUGCCAAGGUGCAUGUGGUCAGAAUGCCCUCUGUUUGACUGUUAACCAUAGACCUAUAUGCAGUUGUCAACAAGGUUUUACAGGAGAUGCGUCAAGAAAUUGCAUACAAGUUGUGAUAUCAUCUACUGAGAUGACUCCGACAUCGAGUCCAUGCACGCCGUCACCUUGCGGACCAAAUGCGGAAUGUCGGGAACACAACGGGGCUGGUGCUUGCGUUUGCUCGUCAGGGUACGACGGAGAUCCUUAUAGCCCCAGUGGCUGCCGCAGGGAAUGUGAGAUCAAUGAUGACUGUGCGCCACAGCUGGCGUGCACACGGUUCAAGUGCAUAGAUCCGUGUCCUGGAACAUGCGGACAAAUGGCUCAGUGCUUAGUCGAAAACCACGUUCCAAUCUGUACUUGUCCAAAAGGCUUCUCUGGUGAUCCGUUUUACCAGUGCAAAGAGUUGGCAUAUACUCCCCCUCCAACACAAAACCCAUGCGAGCCUUCACCUUGUGGACCUAACAGCCAAUGUAGACAAGUCAAUAUGCAAGCAGUAUGUUCAUGUCUUCCAAGCUACGUGGGAUCGCCCCCGUCAUGCAAACCGGAGUGUGUUGUGAAUAGUGAAUGUGAUACCUCUAAAGCUUGCAUCAACCAGAAAUGUGAUGAUCCUUGUCCUAAUACUUGCGGAUUAAGAGCCCAUUGUCAAGUUAAAAAUCACAAUCCUAUUUGCACAUGUCCAGCAGGAAUGACUGGGGAUCCAUUUACACAAUGUUAUCAAAUCGUUUCGACCACCGAACGGCCACCAUCUUGUACCCCUUCACCUUGUGGUCCUCAUUCCCGCUGCCAAUUGUUGGCUAGUGGACCAGCCUGUUCGUGCUUACCCGGAUAUGUUGGAUCACCACCGAAUUGCCGCCCUGAAUGUACAAUUAAUUCUGAAUGUCCGGCCGAGCUAGCUUGCGUGCGGCAAAGAUGUGAAGACCCAUGUCCAGGAUCCUGCGGAGUCGAUGCAAACUGCCAUGUUCUAAAUCAUGUAGCGGUGUGCGUUUGCAAUGAUAGAUUUACAGGCGAUCCUUUCUCAAGAUGUUUGCCAAUACUCGAAGAACCUACGACCCCUACACCAUUAGACCCAUGUAACCCUUCGCCUUGUGGUCCAAAUGCUCAAUGUAAUAAUGGCUUUUGCACAUGUUUACCAGAAUACAGUGGCAAUCCUUACGAAUCAUGCAGACCAGAAUGUACUGGUAGUCAAGAAUGUCCAAGAGAUAAAGCCUGCUUCAGAAAUAAAUGUCGAGAUCCAUGCCCAGGAGUGUGUGGUCAAAAUGCGAAAUGUGACGUUAUUAAUCAUAUUCCGUCUUGCUCUUGCAUGGCUGACUUCACCGGUAAUCCAUUUACUCAAUGUCGUCCAGUUGAAAUUAUUACAGAUAAAAAAGAUCCGUGUCAUCCUUCCCCAUGUGGACCCAAUAGCAUUUGUAGAAAUGUAGAUAAUACAGCUGUCUGCGCGUGUAUUGAAGGAUUCCAAGGAUCUCCGCCAUCAUGUCGACCGGAAUGCAUUAUUAGCUCAGAGUGCGCUUCUACUAAGGCAUGCGUUAAUCAAAAAUGCAUAAAUCCUUGUAUUAAUUCUUGUGGUCAUGCCGCUAGGUGUGAGGUCAUAAAUCACAGCCCAAUAUGUAGUUGUAAUCCUGGUCAAACUGGGGACCCAUUUAAGGGCUGCUACGAAAUUAUAAUUCCGCCGUCUGAUCAAGUUGAUGUAUGCCACCCUUCACCGUGUGGACCAAAUGCUUUAUGUAUGGACAGAAAUGGAAAACCGAACUGUAAAUGCAUUGAUAACUAUAUCGGACAGCCACCAAAUUGCAGGCCAGAAUGUGUUAUAAAUCCGGACUGCCCUUCGAAUCAAGCUUGUGUUCGUAACAAGUGUUUAGAUCCAUGCCCAGGCUCGUGUGGAGUGAAUGCUGAAUGCACUGUUGUCAGCCACACUGUUUCGUGCAGUUGUAAAGAGAAAUUUACUGGCAACCCUUUCUUACAAUGUGUCCCCGAAAAAGAAACUGAACGUCAGCCGUGCGACCCUUCGCCAUGCGGAGCUAAUGCUGUAUGCACUCAGCGUGAUGGCGCUGGAGCUUGCUCAUGCUUAGAAGGUUAUUUUGGCAAUCCAUACGAAGGAUGUCGUCCAGAAUGCGUUCUGAGUUCAGAUUGUUCAGCGGAUAAGGCGUGUAUUCGAAACAAAUGUGCAGACCCUUGUCCCGGAAUUUGUGGCUCUAACGCCGAAUGCACUGUCAUAAACCACGUUCCAUCUUGUGCGUGUGUUAAGGGCUAUUCCGGAAAUCCCUUUGAACAGUGUGCGAAGACUGAAGAAGGCCCAAUUAGACCGUGCCAGCCAUCACCAUGCGGGCCCAACAGUAUUUGUAGAGAAAACGGUGGUCUAGCUUCUUGUGAAUGUCUUCCUGAUUAUAGGGGUGCACCACCAGAUUGUCGGCCUGAAUGCACAGUAAGCAGUGAAUGUCCAUCAGAUCGUGCUUGCCAUAAGUUAAAAUGUGCUGAUCCAUGCCGAGGCACUUGCGGUCUAGGUGCACACUGUCAAGUCAUCAAUCACAGUCCUUUAUGCAGCUGUCCAGCAGGAACUACUGGAGAUGCAUUCAUUAGAUGUGUAGAACCCAUUGAAGACCAACCACCUCCACCAACACAGCCUUGUUAUCCAAAUCCGUGUGGACCUUAUAGUGAAUGUCGUGUACUUAAUGGUAACCCAUCCUGCUCCUGCUUGCAAGGGUACAUAGGCGGACCACCUAACUGCCGACCAGAAUGUCUAGUAAAUACUGACUGCCCUUCACACCAGGCAUGCAUAGCUGAAAAAUGCACUAAUCCAUGUGAAGGUUCCUGUGGAUUUAGAGCCGAAUGCAGAGUUCACGAUCACAUACCAAUAUGUAGCUGCCCAACAGGCUUUUCUGGAGAUCCGUUUAUACAGUGCUCUGAAUUUGUUAAUCCAACUCCUGCACCGGAUCUCUGCAAUCCAUCUCCCUGCGGAACCAACGCAAUUUGUGACGCCGGUAUCUGUACUUGUACUACUGGAUACUUUGGAGAUCCUUACGUAGGAUGUCGAUUGGAAUGCAGCACUAACGGUGAAUGUUCUCCUACACGAACAUGUCAAGGAGGCAAAUGCGUGGACCCAUGCCCUGGAGCUUGUGGAACUCGUGCUGUUUGUUCUGUCAAUAACCACAUACCAUCAUGCUCUUGUCCACCCGGUACAUCCGGAGAUCCGUUUUCAUUCUGUACAGAAACGCGACAACCACCAGGGCCUCCACAAUCACCAUGUUCACCGUCCCCUUGCGGUCCAUAUAGCGAAUGUACUGUUAGUGGUAAUGGGGCAGCUGCGUGUUCAUGCCGUCCCGGGCACGUGGGCUCUCCACCAUCUUGUCGGCCCGAGUGUCUUGUGAGUGCGGAGUGCAAGUUGCAACUGGCGUGUAUUGACCGUAGAUGUCGCGACCCUUGCGAUGGCGCUUGUGGACGUGGUGCCCGAUGCCAAGUUGUAGCACAUUCACCAAUAUGCACUUGCCACGAUGGGUUAACUGGUGAUCCGUUUACCUACUGCUAUCCUGCGCCAGUGAGUGUACCACCGGAAGACCAAGAUCCAUGUCAACCUUCGCCUUGUGGACCAAAUUCAAUAUGUAUACAAUCAGGAGAAACACCGGCUUGCAGUUGCCAACCAGGAUUAAUUGGUACUCCGCCAAAUUGCCGACCUGAAUGUACAAUCAGUGCCGAAUGUCCAGCGGUCCUUGCAUGUGUGAAUCAGCGUUGCAAGGAUCCGUGCGUGCAAGCAUGUGGCCUAAGAGCUGUUUGCUCAGUGGUUGACCAUCGUGCUUCCUGCGUCUGCGAACCUGGCCUCGAAGGAGACCCAUUCCAGGGUUGUACACCACCACGAGCUCCUAUGAUUGAAUAUCUCAAUCCUUGUGAACCUUCCCCUUGUGGGGCGAACGCUCAGUGCAAGGUACAAGGAAAUGCGGGAUCUUGUACAUGUCUAAAUGAUUACACCGGAGAUCCAUAUCAAGGUUGCAGACCUGAAUGCGUAGCUGACUCUGACUGUCCGUUAACGUCCGCAUGUACUAAAAACAAAUGUACUGACCCAUGUCCUGGAGUGUGUGGAUAUAACUCAGAAUGUUAUGUAACAAAUCAUAAACCUGUAUGCCAAUGUAACUCAGGUUAUACAGGAAACCCAUUUUCAAUGUGUUCUCUGAUACCGGAUCGUGACAUACAAACCAUAGACAAAUGCAGUCCAUCUCCGUGCGGCGCCAAUGCGAUUUGUAAGGAAGUUAAUGGACAGCCUGUGUGCUCGUGUUUAACGAACUAUAUAGGAAGUCCUCCGAACUGUAAACCCGAAUGCGUUGUGAAUUCUGAGUGUAAAACAAACAGAGCAUGUGUUAAUCAAAGAUGUGUAAAUCCUUGCCCGAAGCCUUGUGGCCAAAAUACAGAUUGCAAAGUAAUAAAUCAUAGUCCAGUAUGUUCAUGUCGUCCCGGAUACUCUGGAAAUCCGUUCAUGGCAUGUGCGGCUGUUUCAUACAACCCACCGAAUAACCCGCCAACAGAUCCAUGUAUUCCAUCACCAUGUGGUCCUUAUGCGGAAUGCCGUAAUAUCAAUGGUUUGCCUUCGUGUUCUUGUUUACCUUCGUACACGGGUUCACCACCAUUCUGUAAGCCGGAAUGUGUCAUAAAUUCUGACUGUCCCAGUGACAAUGCUUGUAUAGCUGAAAAGUGCCGAAAUCCUUGCGAAGGUUCAUGUGGUCUCUACGCAGAUUGCUUUGUUAACAAUCAUACACCAGUAUGCUUGUGCCCAGACGGAUAUUCUGGAGAUCCAUUUAGACAAUGUACAUUAAAACCAAUUCAAGAUGUAACUUCACCACAUCCAUUCAAUCCAUGUGAACCGAGCCCAUGCGGUCCAAAUACCUUAUGCAACAAUGGCAUUUGUUCAUGUGUGGCAGGUUAUCAUGGGGAUCCCAAUUUGGGGUGUCGUCCAGAAUGUGUUUAUAAUACAGACUGUCCUCCUGCUAAGGCAUGCCAAAACAACAAAUGCGCUAAUCCGUGUAUCGGAACUUGCGGAACGAAUGCAGUUUGCGAAGUCCUUAACCAUAUACCAAUGUGCACUUGCACGAAAGGUAUGAGUGGAAACGCGUUCGUGGAAUGUAGACCAACGCUAGUUGCACCGGCAAAUCCAUGUAAUCCAUCGCCAUGUGGACCUAACAGCCAAUGUCGUCAAUCAAAUGGACAAGCGAUAUGUUCUUGCGUGCCUGGUUUUAGAGGAAGUCCUCCAACAUGCAAACCAGAAUGUGUAGUCAGCUCUGAAUGUUCUCUGAAAGAAGCAUGCAACAAUCAAAAAUGCGUUAAUCCAUGUAUCGGAGCUUGUGGAGUUGCAGCAGUUUGUGAUGUUAUCAAUCACAAUCCUAUUUGCACAUGCCCGCCAUCAUUUUCAGGCGACCCAUUCAUCAGAUGCACAAUUCGAUUAGCAACCGAGGUUGAAGUUAAUCCAUGUGAACCGUCACCUUGUGGACCUAAUUCCGUCUGCAAAAUUACGGGAAACAACUUUAUAUGUGCGUGUAUGCCUGAAUUCAAUGGUAUUCCACCAAAUUGCCGACCAGAAUGUAUCAGUAACAGUGAAUGUGCUUAUAAUCGCGCAUGCCAGAAUCAAAAGUGUGUGGAUCCUUGUAUCGGUACUUGUGGCGCAAAUGCAGAAUGCCGGGUAGUGAGCCAUGCCCCCAUGUGUAUAUGCCAAGUGGGUUAUAUCGGUGAUCCAUUUUCAUACUGUAGUCCUCAGACACUACCAGACACUACUGAAGUAUUAACGCCAUGUAGCCCGAGUCCAUGUGGGUCUAAUGCCCGCUGCAGAGAGCAGAAUAGCGUUGGAGCAUGUCAGUGCUUAGAUGGUUAUUCAGGUAAUCCAUAUGAGGGAUGUAGACCAGAAUGUGUUGUCAAUUCAGAUUGUUCACUCAAUAGAGCUUGCUCUGGUAUGAAGUGUGUAGAUCCCUGCCCGGGUACAUGUGGAUUGAAUAGUUUCUGUCAAGUAACUAAUCAUAUGCCGAUCUGUACUUGCCAACAAGGUUACACCGGGAACCCAUUUAGCCACUGCACAAUCGUGUUGGAAUCACCUCCAUCAGAAAUUUCUCCUUGUAAUCCUUCACCGUGCGGAGCCAACAGCCAAUGCAAAGAUAUAAACAGACAAGCAGUUUGCUCUUGUUUACCAAACUUUGUUGGAUCACCGCCAAAUUGUCGACCAGAAUGUGUCGUUAGCUCCGAAUGCUCGUCAAACAUGGCAUGCACAAAUCAAAAAUGCUCCAACCCCUGUGUUUCCGCGUGUGGUGAAAAUGCCAACUGCAAUGUCAUCAACCAUAGUCCCAUCUGUGUAUGCAAGCAAGGCUUGACAGGGAAUCCGUUCACUAGAUGUUAUCCAUUAAUAGUAUCACAACCACCACUUCCACCUGCGAAUCGCGAUCCAUGUCUACCGUCGCCCUGUGGCUUAUAUGCAGAGUGUCGUGUUAUUGGAGGCGCUCCCUCAUGCGCAUGUCAACCAACUUAUACCGGAAAUCCACCCAACUGUAGACCAGAAUGCACAAUGAACUCAGAGUGCCCAAGUAACCUAGCGUGCAUGAAUGAGAAAUGCCGCGAUCCUUGUCCGGGAGCUUGUGGCCUCAACGCUGAAUGCACUGUAUACAACCACAUAGCUCAAUGUGGUUGCUUGGAGCGAUAUUCGGGGGAUCCAUUUACUCAAUGCUUGUUAAUGCCAGAAAAUGAUGAUAACUUUGAUGCCAACCCCUGUAACCCUUCGCCAUGCGGGCCAAACGCAGACUGCAACAAUGGCGUUUGUACAUGUAUUACAAAUUAUCAGGGUGACCCAUACUUUGGAUGUAGACCGGAAUGUCUUAUGAGUAGCGAUUGUCCCCAGACCAAAGCUUGUGUAGAAAAUAAGUGCGUAGAUCCUUGCGUUAACACCUGUGGCCGUAAUGCAAUAUGCAAUGUGUAUAAUCAUAUACCAAUGUGCACAUGUUUGCAAGGAUUUUCUGGGAAUGCUUUCUUAGAAUGCAGACCUGUGAUUAUCACUGACAUUGUAGAACCAUGUAACCCAUCACCUUGUGGGCCCAACAGCCAAUGCAGAAGUAUAAAUGGUCAAGCUAUAUGUUCAUGCGUUCAAGGAUACCGAGGAGCGCCACCAACUUGUAGACCAGAAUGUGUUACGAGUGCAGAAUGUAGCCUUAACCAAGCCUGUUCUAAUCAGCGUUGCAUUGAUCCAUGUAAAGGAACUUGCGGAAUUUCAGCACAAUGUCAGGUUAUAAAUCAUAAUCCUAUCUGCACUUGCCCUUCUGGUUUAACAGGGGAUCCAUUUUCAAGAUGUGUGAUUAGAGAAGAGGUACCGCCGCCAUACGUGAAUCCGUGUGAACCAUCGCCGUGCGGCCCUAAUUCUAUAUGUAAAGAAAUCAGUGGUUCUCCGUCCUGUGCUUGCCAAGACAAUUUUAUGGGUUCCCCACCAAAUUGUCGGCCUGAAUGUAUUGCAAAUUCAGAAUGCCCAAAUCAAUUAGCUUGUAUCAAUUACAAAUGCACGGAUCCUUGCCCUGGUUCUUGUGGAACAGGUGCAGAAUGUCAAGUGAUCAGUCACACUCCACAAUGUUUGUGCCCGCCAGGAUUUACAGGAGAUGCUUUUAUAGCAUGCAGAAUUCUUGACACUCCUCUACUACCAUGUUCACCCUCACCGUGUGGACCUAAUGCCGUAUGUAAAGAGCAACGAGGUGCUGGAGCAUGCAUAUGUCUACCCGAGUAUUUAGGGAAUCCGUACGAAGGUUGUCGUCCUGAAUGCGUGGUGAAUUCAGAUUGUGCCACCAACUUAGCAUGUAUUCAAAAUAAAUGUAAAAAUCCUUGCAACAACAAUUGUGGCAUUAAUGCGCAAUGUAAUGUUGUCAAUCAUGUGCCAACAUGUGAAUGUAUUUACGGCUUAAUUGGCAACCCUUAUCAACAGUGUUACGAAAAAAUCCAAGAUACACCGGCUAUACAAAGAAAUCCUUGCGUACCGUCACCAUGUGGACCGAACAGCAUAUGUAAAGUGUCCAACGAUCAAGCAGUGUGUACAUGUAAUCCAGGACAUUUAGGAACACCACCUGCAUGUAGGCCCGAAUGCGUCACAAGCUCUGAGUGUAACCAGCAGCAAGCGUGCAUACGACAGAAAUGUUCCAACCCAUGCACCGGCGUGUGUGGACUUAACACAGAAUGCAAAGUUAUAAAUCACAGCCCUAUUUGUUCGUGUCAACCAACCUAUACGGGUGACCCGUUCAGUCAAUGCUAUCAAAUUCCAACUGCAGACGUCAUUGUUCAAAGCAAUCCAUGUGUGCCUUCACCGUGUGGUCCUUUCUCAGAAUGCCACGAUGUUAAUGACGUGCCGUCAUGCGCUUGUUUGCCACGAUACACUGGAAGUCCUCCGAAUUGUCGCCCUGAGUGCACACUUAAUUCUGAUUGUGCAAGUGACAAAGCUUGCAUUAACGAAAGAUGCGUGGAUCCAUGUCCAGGCUCAUGUGGCAUAAAUGCAAUCUGUAGAGUCCAAAGUCACUUAGCAAUUUGUACUUGCAUAGAAAACUACGAAGGUGAUCCCUUUAAUCAAUGCUCUGUCAAAGUGCAAAAUGAUCUUGUACCUAAUGAUCCGUGCAAUCCUUCUCCUUGUGGUUCUAACGCUGUUUGUAAUAAUGGAAUAUGUACCUGCAUACCAGAAUAUAAUGGUGAUCCUUACUUCGGAUGUCGCCCUGAAUGUACUAUCAGCUCAGAUUGCCCAAUGGAUAAAACAUGUGUCCGAAAUCGUUGUGUCGAUCCAUGUGUUAGUACGUGCGGUACAAAUGCGCUUUGUCAAGUGGUUACUCACAUGGCGGUUUGCUCAUGCCCACCUCAAACAACAGGAAACGCUUUUGUACAAUGUGAUCCUGUCAAAGCGCAACCACCUAAGAACCCAUGCCAACCUUCGCCCUGUGGCCCUAACAGCCAGUGCAGAGUAUUUAGUGAUCAAGCAGUGUGCUCAUGUUUACUUGGUUACCGUGGUGCGCCACCUUCGUGCCGGCCUGAAUGCGUUUCCAGUUCCGACUGCCCACUUGACAAGGCCUGUAGCAACCAAAAAUGCAUAAAUCCUUGUCAAGGCACAUGUGGAGUGGGUGCUCAGUGUCAAGUGAUUAAUCACAAUCCCAUAUGUUCCUGCCCAUCAUCCAUGACGGGCGAUGCCUUCACAAGAUGCAUACCGAUGCCGGCUCAACCACCAUUGCCUAUCAACCCCUGCCAGCCAUCACCGUGUGGUCCCAAUUCCAUAUGUCAGCAAACUGGUGGAAAUAUACCAUCUUGUCAAUGCAUGCCCGAAUUUAUUGGAUCACCGCCGAACUGUCGUCCUGAAUGUAUUGCUAACAGCGAAUGCCCUCCACAAAUGGCGUGCAUGAACAGAAAAUGCCAAAACCCAUGUUUAAAUGCCUGCGGAAUAAACGCAGAAUGUCAAGUUGUUAGCCACACUUCUAUAUGUAAAUGUCCGGAGGGCUAUUAUGGCGACGCGGCUGUGCAGUGUACUCCUCAGUCUUUGAUACCAGUGGUUCAGUUAUCUGCUUGUUCUCCUUCUCCGUGCGGGCCCAAUGCUGAAUGUAGAGAGCGUUCAGGUGCUGGUGCCUGUGUUUGCAUUACAGGGUACUUCGGUGACCCAUAUGAAGGAUGCCGUCCCGAAUGUGUCGUAAGCACAGACUGUCCGAGCCACAGAGCUUGCACUAGAAAUAAAUGUAUAGAUCCAUGUCCGGGUACUUGUGCACUAAAUGCUAAUUGCCAAGUCGUAAACCACUUACCGCUGUGUACAUGCCUAUCUGGCUUUACUGGCGACCCUUUCAGACAAUGUGUUCGACAAUCUGUUGAAAACUUACCUCCUUCAACUCCAUGUCAACCUUCUCCAUGUGGGCCUAAUAGUCAAUGUCGCGUAACAAACGGCCAAAGCGUGUGUUCUUGCUUACCUGAAUACAGGGGUUAUCCUCCAAAUUGUAGACCAGAGUGCGUAGUGAAUUCAGAAUGUCCGUCUGACAAAACAUGUAGAAAUCAGAAAUGUGAAUCACCUUGUCCGGGACCGUGUGGACAAAACGCAGAUUGUAGAGUUGUAAACCACAGUCCAAUAUGCACCUGUCUAAGCAAGUACACGGGAGAUCCAUUCUCUAGAUGUUACUUGUUCACAGCAUCGGCAGUAUUCACGCCUGAGCAAGAUCCAUGCGUACCUUCACCGUGCGGCCCCAAUUCGCUGUGCAGAAAUUUAAAUGGUAUUCCUUCAUGCUCGUGUUUACCAAAUUUCGAAGGCAGUCCACCUAACUGCAAGCCCGAAUGCACAAUUAAUGAAGAAUGUCCCAGUAACCUAGCAUGUAUCAACCAGAAAUGUAGGGAUCCAUGUCCUGGCUCAUGCGGUCUAAACGCAAUAUGCCAGGUCGUCAAUCAUUUUUCGGUUUGUUCGUGCAACCAAGGAUACACAGGAAAUGCUUUUACGCAAUGCAAUCAAAUUCCUAUCCAAGAACAUGAUGAUCCAUGCAAUCCUUCGCCGUGUGGUGUAAAUGCAGUAUGCACAAACGGCCAAUGCAGUUGUAUCGCGGAAUUCCGUGGCGAUCCUUACACGGGAUGUAGGCCCGAAUGUGUGCAGAGCUCGGACUGUGAGAAAAAUUUGGCCUGUGUGAAAAAUAAAUGUAAGGAUCCUUGCCCUGGCACCUGCGCUGUUAACGCUAUAUGCGCCGUGGUUAACCAUAUACCGAUGUGCUCUUGUCCUGACAGGAUGACUGGAAACGCACUUGUAGAUUGUCGACCUGUUGUAGAACCCGUUAUUACAAAUUCCUGUCAACCAUCCCCGUGUGGACCAAACAGUCUGUGCAAGAACGUAAAUGGGCAAGCCGCCUGCUCGUGCGCUCCGAACAACAUAGGGUCACCUCCUUCUUGUCGCCCAGAAUGUAUCAUUAGCGCUGAGUGUACACUCAACCAAGCUUGUAGUAAUCAGCGUUGUGUCAAUCCGUGCAUCGGAUCCUGUGGUGUAAAUGCAGAAUGUAAAGUUGUAAACCAUAAUCCGAUUUGCUCAUGUCCCGCAACCUACACAGGGAAUCCAUUCUCACGGUGCUUUAAACAACCUGAACAAAUACCAGAGCCCGUUAAUCCAUGCACACCAUCACCAUGUGGACCUUACUCUUUAUGCAAAGAAGUAAAUGGAGCACCAUCAUGUACCUGCUUAGACGGUUACCAGGGGUCAGCCCCGUAUUGUCGACCUGAGUGUAUCAGCAGCGAAGAAUGUUCCCUACACCUGUCGUGCAUAAAUAACAAAUGUAAAAAUCCAUGCGAGGGCGUUUGUGGUUCCAAUGCCGAAUGUAGAGUGGUCAGCCAUUCGCCUAAUUGUAUAUGCCCGUUCGGAUAUACGGGAGAUCCAUUUGUGGCAUGUCAACCAACUCCACUUCAAAUAGAGCCACCUGCAACUCCCUGCUUACCUUCACCUUGCGGUGUAAAUGCCGUUUGCAGAGAAAGAAAUAGUGCCGGAUCGUGUUCCUGCUUAGAAGGUUAUAUUGGGAACCCGUAUGAAGGCUGUCGUCCAGAAUGCGUUGUUAAUACUGACUGUCCACUAAAUGAAGCAUGCUUAAACAAUAAAUGUGCUGACCCGUGCCCGGGCACCUGCGGCACUAACGCAGAGUGUCAAGUGGUGAACCACUCCCCUCUAUGCACAUGCAUAAAUAGUUACACGGGGGAUCCAUUUAGAUACUGCGUUUAUCAGGAACCACACGUGCCAUCACCAACGGUUGAUGGUUGUUAUCCAUCGCCAUGCGGCCCAAACAGUCAAUGUAAAUCAGUUAACAAUCAGGCUGUAUGUUCUUGUCUGCGGGAGUAUGUGGGCUCGCCACCUAAUUGCCGACCUGAAUGCGUCGUUAGCACAGAGUGCCCUCACGAUAAGGCGUGUGUCAACAACAAGUGCAUAAACCCAUGCCCAAAGCCAUGCGGAGUCAAUGCGAACUGCAAAGUGGUUAACCAUAGCCCUAUAUGCUCUUGUAAAGCAUCUUACACUGGAGACCCGUUUACAAUUUGCACCUUUGUCCAAUAUGAUGUACAACCACCGCUUUCUGAUAAUCCUUGCAUUCCAUCACCUUGUGGUCCUAAUGCAGAAUGUCGUAACAUACAAAAUACACCAUCGUGCUCGUGUAUGGUCAACUUUAUUGGUAGUCCACCCAACUGCAGACCCGAAUGUACUAUUCAUUCUGACUGUCAAAGUGAUCGUGCGUGUAUGAACUCAAAAUGUCAAGAUCCUUGCCCGGGAGCUUGCGGAGUCUAUGCCACAUGCAAUGUCCUAAAUCAUAUUCCUAUAUGUACAUGUAUUGAAGGAUACAUUGGAGAUCCAUUCACGAGCUGCAGAGUAAAGCCUUUCGAAGAAAAACCUCUUAUCACCGAUGCUUGUGCUGACGUGCGUUGUGGUUCAAACGCAGAGUGCCUAAGCGGCCAGUGCCAAUGUUUACCACAAUUUCAUGGAGACCCUUACUUUAACUGCCGCCCUGAAUGUGUUUAUAGCACUGAUUGUGACCAAAACAAAGCAUGUGUUCAAAGGAAAUGUGUCGACCCUUGUGUUGGUGCUUGUGGACAAAAUGCCAUAUGCACUAUUGUAAACCAUAUCCCCAUGUGCAGCUGCAACAAUGGUUUCACUGGCAAUGCAUUUGUAUUUUGCAAUCCAAUGAGAGCACCAUCGGUAGAAAAUCCAUGCAGUACGGCAGUCUGUGGACCAAACAGUCAAUGCAGGGAAAUAAACAAUCAAGCAGUUUGUACUUGUCUACCUUCUUACCUAGGCAUCCCGCCAGCCUGCAGGCCUGAAUGUGUGGUAAACGCGGAGUGCUUACAGAACCAAGCAUGUAUGGGACAGAAAUGUGUAGACCCGUGCAUUGGAGCUUGCGGACUAAGAGCAACAUGCAAGGUUAUAAAUCACAAUCCUGUAUGCACAUGUCCACCAUCAUACUCAGGCGACCCAUUCGUACAGUGUACUUUAGUGUUCAGUACGCCUGAGGUUGUGAACCCAUGUCAACCGUCGCCAUGUGGCCCUAAUUCAAUCUGUAAGGAAGUUGAUGAAAAUCCAUCGUGUACAUGUAUGCCUACUUACAAGGGCCAACCACCUUACUGUAGACCGGAAUGUAUUAGCAAUAGUGAAUGUGCAUCACACUUGGCUUGUGUCAAUCAGAAAUGCAGAGAUCCAUGUGUUGGGGCUUGUGGGUCGAAUGCUGAAUGUAGAGUUGUCAGCCAUUCAGCAAUGUGCGUAUGUACACAAGGUUAUGUUGGUGAUCCCUUCUCUCAAUGCACGUUGCAACCCGCAACUGAAAUAUUAAGACCUUGCACACCCUCUCCUUGCGGUUCGAAUGCAGUAUGCAAGGAACAAAAUAAUGUGGGCUCAUGUAUGUGCAAUGAAGGCUAUUUUGGAAACCCAUACGAAGGAUGUCGUCCAGAAUGCGUGACUAAUUCUGACUGUCCUGGAAAUAAAGCUUGUAUUGGAAACAAGUGCCAAGAUCCAUGCCCUGGCACAUGUGGAAUUAAUGCAGAAUGUUCAGUCAUUAAUCAUUCUCCUAAUUGCGUUUGUAUUGCGGGAUACACUGGUAAUGCUUUACGCAUCUGUAAUAUUUCUCCUCAAGAUACACCUAUAAGAAACGUAUGCUCCCCUAGCCCAUGCGGACCGAACAGCCAAUGUCGCGAGAUUAAUAAUCAGGCUGUUUGUAGUUGUUUACCCGACUACACCGGCGAACCGCCUUCUUGCAAACCUGAAUGUUUAUUAAGCUCUGAUUGUGCACCAAACAGAGCAUGCAUCAAUAAAAAAUGCGUUAACCCUUGUCCUGGACCUUGUGGCCAGAAAGCAGAAUGCAGAAUAUUCAACCAUAAUCCAAUUUGUAGCUGUUUAUCAGGCUUUACUGGAGACCCAUUUACAAGAUGUUAUGCAAAGCCAGGUAAGCCCGUCCCGACAGUCGUGGAAAGAGACCCGUGCGUACCAUCUCCGUGUGGUAUAUAUGCAACAUGUCGCAACAAUGGCGGGCAAGCAUCUUGCUCGUGUUCUCUAGGAUACUUCGGAAGCCCUCCCAACUGCCGGCCAGAGUGCGUCACCAAUCAAGAUUGCGUUAGCUCUCUCGCGUGCAUCAACGAAAAAUGCAGAGAUCCUUGCACUGGAGCAUGUGGACAAAACGCACGUUGUUCCGUUUUAAAUCACAUUUCUAUGUGCACAUGUAUAGAAGGCUUUAAAGGCGAUCCUUUCACGGCUUGCAAUAUUAUACAAGAAGAUCCUACACCAACGGAUUUAUGUAACCCAUCGCCUUGUGGUCCCAAUGCAGAGUGUAAUAAUGGAGAUUGUAGAUGUUUACCUGAAUACGGUGGAGAUCCUUAUAUCGGUUGUCGACCAGAGUGUACCAUAAGUACGGACUGUCAAAGAAACCAAAUUUGUAUCAACAAGAAAUGUGUACAUCCAUGCCCCGAUACCUGUGGUAGCAACGCGAUAUGCGAAGUCAUCAACCAUGUACCCAUGUGCAGUUGUCCACUAGGUUUCACAGGAAACUCGUUCGUUACAUGUAAUGUUGUUCAAACGCCAUCACCUACAAUGCUAUGUAAUCCAAGUCCUUGCGGUCCGAAUAGUCAAUGCCGGGAAAUAAAUAACGUAGCGGUUUGCUCAUGUCUGCCUGGCUUUUCUGGAAACCCUCCCACAUGCAGGCCCGAGUGCACGACAAGCGCCGAAUGCGCAUUGAACAAGGCUUGUAACAACUACAAAUGUGUGAAUCCAUGCAUCGGAGCUUGUGGUAUACGGGCACAUUGCGAAGUUGUCAAUCAUAAUCCCAUUUGUUCUUGUCCAAACGAACUCACGGGUGACCCAUUCUCCAGGUGUAUCCCGAGACCACUCGAAAUCCCUCCUCAAGUUAAUCCAUGCCAGCCUUCACCGUGUGGGCCCAACGCAGUUUGUCAAACUAUAAAUGAUUCACCGUCGUGUUCUUGUCUGCCACAAUUUAUCGGAUUACCGCCCAAUUGUCGCCCCGAAUGCUCUAGUAACAGCGAGUGUUCUAAUAAUUUAGCGUGCAUUAAUAACAAGUGCGCCGAUCCUUGCAUAGGUGCUUGUGGCACGAUGGCUGAAUGUAGAGUUGUUAGUCAUACGCCGAACUGUGUGUGCCCUCAGGGAUAUAUGGGCGAUCCAUUUGUUUUGUGCCGUGUGCAAGUAGAUAUUGAACAACCGCCGCAGCCCUGUACUCCGUCUCCUUGCGGAAGCAAUGCGGUGUGUAAGGAACGAAACAACGCUGCCUCGUGUGUUUGUGCACCAGAAUAUAUCGGAAACCCUUACGAAGGAUGCCGACCUGAAUGCUCAGUUAAUACCGAUUGUCCAUCUAAUAGAAUAUGUCAGCAAAACAAAUGUCGAGAUCCUUGCCCUGGCACUUGUGGAGUAAACGCCCAAUGUCAAGCGAUUAAUCACUCUCCGACUUGUACCUGCCUGCAAGGAUUUACUGGAAACCCCUUCCAGAAUUGCGUCCCGAUACGACCUGUAGAACACAGAAACCCUUGUUCUCCAACGCCGUGUGGUCCCAACAGUGCCUGCAAAGUAAUAAACGAUCAAGUAGUUUGCUCUUGCCAGCCCGAAUAUCAGGGAUCUCCACCAAACUGCAGACCGGAAUGCAUUAUCAGUGCCGAAUGUCCGACAAAUAUGGCUUGCCUUCGUCAGAAAUGUACAGAUCCUUGCGUAGGCCAAUGCGGACAGAAUGCUAGAUGUCACGUUAUAAACCAUAGUCCAAUAUGUUCCUGCAUUGACCGAUAUACCGGUGAUCCUUUCAGCCGCUGCUACUUAAUGACCGUCCCUGUGGAAUUUAAACCCCAGGAUCCAUGCUUACCUUCACCAUGCGGAUCUUUCAGUCAAUGUAGAGAUAUAGGCGGUAUUCCAUCAUGCACCUGUUUGCCUACCUAUAUAGGCGCUCCACCGCAGUGUCGACCCGAGUGUACAAUAAAUUCUGAUUGUCCCAGUGAUACAGCAUGCAUCAAUCAAAAAUGCAGAGACCCUUGUCCAGGAUCAUGUGGCUUAAAUGCACGUUGUACAAUUAAAAAUCACACUCCCAUAUGUACGUGCAUCGAUAAUUACGUUGGCGAUGCUUUUACUGAAUGUAAAUUACAAGUUCCAUCUCAGGAUGAAAUCGACCCUUGCAAUCCUUCACCUUGUGGAGCAAAUGCAGUAUGCAAUAACGGAGUGUGCUCAUGUAUCCCGGAAUAUCAAGGGGAUCCGUACUUUGAAUGUCAUCCUGAAUGCAUUUUGAGUUCUGAUUGUUCUCAAGACAAAGCAUGUAUGCGUAACAAAUGCGUAAAUCCGUGUAAUAGUGGUGUAUGCGCGAGCAAUGCGAUAUGUGAAGUUAUCGGACAUAUACCGAUGUGCCGAUGUCCUGAAGCUAUGACUGGGAAUGCUUUUAUUCAAUGCACACCCAUGGAAGUUGUUAGGCCAGAGCCGUGCCAACCCAGCCCUUGUGGGCCUAAUAGCCAGUGCCGCAAUAUUAACGGACAACCAGUGUGCUCUUGCGUAACAGGAUUUAUCGGAAGUCCACCAUCAUGCAGACCAGAGUGCACUGUCAGCUCCGAUUGCUUACCGAACGAAGCCUGUAGUAACAAUAAAUGUAUUAAGCCAUGUCAAGGUGCAUGUGGAGUAGAGGCAAUAUGUCAAGUAAUCAAUCACAAUCCUGUAUGCUCUUGCCCAACUUCAUAUACUGGUAAUCCAUUUAUAAGAUGCAUCGCCCAGCCGUUCCAACAGGAACCAGUUAAUACUUGUAUUCCGUCACCCUGUGGGCCUAACUCGAUAUGUAAAGAAACCUCAGGAUCACCUUCAUGUUCCUGCCAAGAAGGAUUCAUUGGAUCUCCGCCUUACUGUAAACCGGAAUGUAUUAGUAACACAGAAUGCCCUACUCAUCAAGCUUGCAUCAAACAAAAAUGUGUAGACCCGUGCGUUGGUUCCUGCGGAGUAAAUGCUCAAUGUCACGUAAUCAGCCAUUCUCCGGCAUGCUCUUGCUUACCAGGAUACACAGGAAAUCCAUUCUUUGAAUGUCAUACACAAUCGCCAGAGCAAGAGUUUACAUCUCCUUGUCAGCCGUCUCCGUGUGGUGCUAAUGCAAUUUGCAAAGAACUGAAUGGUGCUGGAUCAUGCACUUGUCAAUCGAAUUAUUUCGGAAACCCAUAUGAAGGAUGCAGACCUGAAUGUUUAAUUAAUACUGAUUGUCCAUCGAACAAAGCCUGCUUACAGAAUAACUGUCGUGAUCCAUGUCCGGGUGCGUGUGCACCGAACGCUUUGUGCCAAGUGGUCAAUCAUGCUCCACAAUGUUCAUGUCAAGGAGGUUUUACUGGCGAUCCAUUCCGCUACUGUGUACCGGAGAUUCAAUAUGAUACACCUAAAGAUGUAUGUCGACCAUCACCUUGUGGACCAAACAGCAGAUGCAAAGAAGUAAAUCAGCAAGCUGUGUGUUCUUGUUUACCCGAAUACAUUGGAACACCUCCAGGAUGUCGUCCAGAAUGCACUACUAGUGCCGAAUGUUCAAAAGACAAGGCUUGCAUCAAUCGAAAAUGUCAAGAUCCAUGCAUAAAUGCAUGUGGCAUAAAUUCUGAUUGUAGAGUUAUUAAUCAUAGUCCAAUCUGUCAAUGUAAACCAAGAUAUACAGGAGAUCCCUUCGCAAGGUGUUCGCCUAUACCUCCACCAGUUGCGAAUGCUGAGCUGGAGCCAUACAGGAAUCCAUGCGCACCAUCACCUUGCGGGCCUAAUGCGCUGUGCCACGAUAUUGGAAAUAUACCCUCGUGUGCAUGUAUGCCAACUUAUGUUGGCAGUCCUCCUAAUUGCAGACCAGAAUGUACUAUAAAUUCUGAGUGUCCGACAUCUCAAGCGUGCAUCCAACAGAAAUGCCGCGACCCAUGUCCUGGUUCUUGCGGUAUUACUGCUAUAUGUACCGUAACUCAACACAAUCCAAUAUGCACGUGCCCUGAAGGUUAUACCGGCGACGCAUUUACGUCCUGCGCUCCUAAACCACCAGUAUAUGCUGAUAUUAUCGAUAAAUGCAAUCCAUCACCAUGCGGAACCAAUGCAAUUUGUAACGAACGCAUAUGCACGUGCAUAUCUGAGCAUCAAGGAGACCCGUACGUAGGCUGCCGACCCGAGUGUGUCUUGAGCACUGACUGUCCAAGAGACAAAGCAUGCUCAAAGAAUAAAUGUGUUAAUCCAUGCUUAGGCACUUGUGCAGCCACUGCUAUUUGUGACGUCAUCAAUCACGUGCCUAUGUGUAGCUGUACUCAGGGAAUGACAGGAAAUGCAUUCUACGACUGUACGCCAAUCCAAGUGCCAAUAUCUACAAACCCUUGCCGACCCUCUCCAUGUGGUCCAAACAGCCAAUGCCGAGAAAUUAAUGGACAAGCAGUAUGUAGUUGCGUAUCAGGCUAUAUUGGCAGCCCUCCGCUAUGUCGACCAGAGUGUACAGUCAGUUCAGACUGCCCAUCGAAUCGAGCCUGCAGCAAUCAGAAAUGCAUUGAUCCUUGUGCGGGAGCCUGCGGAGUCGAAGCAAAGUGCGAAGUGGUGAAACACAACCCGAUAUGUACUUGUCAAAGCAGGUACACGGGAAAUCCAUUUGUGCGAUGCUUACCCUUCGCUCCCACGCAAGAUCCUGUAGCUCCAUGCACCCCUUCGCCGUGUGGCCCGAACUCUAUCUGUAAAGAAACUUCAGGGACGCCAUCGUGCACUUGCAUGCCUAACUUCUUCGGAUCACCACCAUAUUGCAGACCUGAAUGUUCUAGUAACAGCGAAUGUCCAGCCAACAAAGCCUGCAUCAAUUCAAAAUGUUCAGACCCGUGUAUCAAUGCUUGUGGUACUAAUGCGCAAUGCAGAACGAUAAGCCAUUCUCCAAUGUGUUUCUGCGAUAAUGGUUUUACUGGCGACGCUUUUUCCAACUGCUAUGUUCAAGAUGUAAUAAUACCAGAAAUACCAACUCCUUGUGAUCCAACACCUUGUGGUGCCAAUGCAGUGUGCAAAGAAUUGAACUUCGCUGGAUCUUGUACUUGUCUGCCAAACUAUAUAGGGAAUCCAUAUGAAGGAUGUCGACCCGAAUGCACAGUAAAUACUGACUGUACGUCAAACAAAGCUUGCAUACGUAAUAAAUGUCAAGACCCUUGUCCAGGCACAUGUGGAACGAUGGCUUCGUGUACUGUCGUUAAUCACUUACCAUCUUGUACUUGCUUACCUGGAUUUACUGGCGACCCGUAUCGGCACUGCCUUAUUCAGAAUGAACCUACACCAGAACCGGUUACGCCAUGUGUACCAAAUCCGUGUGGACCAAACAGCGUCUGUCGGCCAGUAAAUGGACAAAGCGCUUGUUCGUGUAUGGCCAACUACAUUGGUUCGCCACCUGGUUGUAGACCCGAGUGUACCGUUAGCUCGGAAUGUUCUACCAAUAGAGCGUGCAUUAAACAGAAAUGUGCUGAUCCAUGCCCCGGACGUUGUGGCUUAAACUCAGACUGCAGAGUUAUUAAUCAUAGUCCUCUGUGCUCUUGUUCGCCUGGAUUCACAGGCGAUCCAUUCACCCGCUGCUAUCCGCAACAACCGUUGCAUUUACUACCAGAACCGACGAGGAACCCAUGCGUCCCAAAUCCUUGUGGAGACAAUUCAAUUUGUCGAGAAAUAAAUGGAGGUCCAUCUUGCAGUUGUAUGCCACAAUAUCAAGGACAGCCUCCUAAUUGUAGACCUGAAUGUGCUAUUAACCAGGACUGCCCGUCUAACAUGGCAUGCAUAAAUAUGAAAUGCCGUGAUCCAUGUCCAGGAAGCUGCGGAGAAAACGCAAUAUGCACAGUCUUUAAUCAUUCUCCGUCUUGCACAUGCUCUCAAGGUUAUAGUGGCGAUUCGUUUGUUGCCUGUAGACCAAUUCCACCAAGAGACGAAUUACCAUCUGAUCCUUGUAAUCCUUCACCGUGUGGUAUCAACGCCCAAUGCAGAAAUGGGGAAUGCACGUGUAUUAGUGACUACCAGGGAGAUCCAUAUUUCGCUUGCAAACCCGAAUGCGUAUCGAGUACAGACUGUGCUCCGGACAGAGUUUGUUCCAGGAACAAAUGUAUCAAUCCAUGCCCUGCAAUGUGUGCUGCAACCGCUCAAUGUAACGUUUAUAAUCACAUACCAAUUUGCACAUGUCCCGAAGGUACUUCAGGAAAUGCAUUUACUGGAUGUCAUACAAUGACAGUUUCUUUGGUCGAACCGUGUAAUCCAAGUCCAUGCGGUCCGAAUAGCCAAUGCCGUUCAAUCAAUAACCAGGCAGUAUGUUCUUGUUUACCUACGUUUAUUGGGAACCCGCCAUCAUGCCGACCGGAAUGCACUAUCAGCGCCGAAUGUCCGCAGAAUGAAGCUUGCAACAAUCAUAAAUGUAUCAACCCGUGUGUUGGUGCUUGCGGUUAUGCAGCUAAAUGUGAAGUUAUAAAUCAUAACCCAAUAUGUUCGUGUCCAAACCAAUACACAGGAAACCCAUUUACCCAAUGCACUCCGAUACCUGCCAUGCCAAUACCGCAGGGAGACCCAUGUACGCCUUCUCCAUGUGGACCGUAUUCGGUUUGCAAAGUGAUUGGAGAGUCGCCAUCAUGCACAUGUCAACCAGAUUACUUAGGCCAACCUCCCAAUUGUCGCCCAGAGUGCGUCAGUAAUUCAGAAUGUAGAAGCGAUUUAACAUGCAUUAAUCAAAAAUGCAAAAAUCCCUGUCCGGGUAGUUGUGGAUAUAAUGCAGACUGUAAAAUUAUUAGCCAUGCUAUGGUCUGCACCUGUCCUUUUGGCUUAUCUGGAGAUCCUCUUGUUUCCUGUAAUUCUAUUCCAGAUUCCAUCGUUUAUGAUUCUCCUUGUGAGCCAUCGCCGUGUAGACUUAACGCAGAGUGUUCUGAACGAAACGGAGCUGGCGCAUGCAGAUGUAUUGAAUCGUAUGUCGGUAACCCAUACGAAGGAUGUCGCCCAGAAUGUGUCAUAAAUACAGACUGCCCACCCAUGUUAGCUUGCAUUCAAAACAAGUGCAAAAAUCCUUGUCCUGGUGUAUGUGGAUCAAAUGGUAUUUGUCAAGUUGUGAAUCAUCUACCCACAUGCUAUUGUCCUCCAGGACUAACUGGCAAUCCAUACUCCUACUGCGUACCACAAUUGGAAGAUGAAAUUAAACCGGCGCCGUGCACUCCAUCUCCAUGCGGACCGAAUAGUCAAUGUCGAGAGGUGAACUCUCAAGCAGUAUGCAGCUGCUUAUCUGAAUUUAUUGGUUCUCCACCAAACUGCCGGCCGGAAUGCACGAUUAAUAGCGAAUGUCAGACAGACAAAGCAUGCAUAAAUCGCAAGUGCGUUAAUCCCUGUGUUGGUCAAUGUGCUAGAAAUGCUAAUUGUAGGGUAAUAUCACAUAAUCCGAUAUGCUCCUGCCAAGAACGGUUUACUGGAGAUCCUUUUACCAACUGUAUACCGAUUGUAGAGUCGAUUUCACCGCCAUCUGCAGAAGUCAACCCGUGCAUCCCGUCGCCGUGUGGACCGAAUUCAGAAUGCCAAGUAUACGGAGGCAGUGCUCGAUGCACUUGUUUACCGAACUACAUAAGUUCACCACCUCGAUGCAGGCCGGAAUGUGUGACCAGCGCGGAAUGUAGUGCUGCAAAUGCUUGCAUUAACAACCGAUGCGCGGAUCCAUGUCCCGGAGCUUGUGGCCUCCGUGCCCAAUGCAGCGUCGUUAACCACCUACCGAUCUGUUUAUGUAUACCUGGCAACACUGGGGAUCCGUUCGUUGCCUGUCACGAUAUGCCGCCCGAAGUUCCAAUAGAUCCGUGUUCUCCUUCCCCAUGUGGUUCUAAUGCAGUCUGCCGAGAUGGCACUUGUACAUGUUUACCUGAAUAUCAAGGUGAUCCUUAUUUCGGUUGCCACCCUGAAUGCGUUUUGAACACGGAAUGUCCACGCGACAAAGCAUGUAUGAACAAUAAAUGCAAGGAUCCUUGCGUUGGAACAUGUGGCAGCGGCGCUAUUUGUGAAGUUUUCAAUCAUAUUCCUAUGUGUUCUUGCCCAACGGGCUAUACCGGAUCGCCAUUCUCGUACUGUACUGAAGUUAUUGACAUGCCAACCAACUUAUGUCAGCCGUCCCCGUGUGGGCCCAACAGUCAGUGCAGAGAAGUAAAUGGAAACGCGGUGUGCGUUUGUAUUCAAGGCUACAUAGGUAGUCCUCCAAAUUGUCGACCAGAAUGUACAAUAAGCGCCGAAUGUGCAUUAAAUCGAGCUUGCUCUAACCAAAAAUGCAUUGAUCCAUGCCCAGGAGCAUGCGGUCGUAACACUCAAUGCCUAGUGGUGAACCACAAUCCAGUGUGUACUUGUUUGGCAGGAUAUUCCGGCGAUCCAUUUUCAUAUUGCCAAUUUAUUCCUCCAGCACCGCCAGUGAAGGUUAAUCCAUGCCUACCGUCUCCUUGUGGACCAAAUUCGCAAUGCAAUGAAAAUGGUGAAAAUUACGUUUGCACAUGCUUUCCUGAAUUUGUCGGUAGACCACCCAAUUGCCGACCCGAAUGCACUAGUAACACUGAAUGUGCUUUGAACAUGGCAUGUAUCAAUAGGAAAUGUGUCGACCCUUGCAUCGGCUCAUGUGGCUUGAACGCUGAAUGUAGAGUUGUAAGCCAUACACCGAUAUGCUUAUGUCAAAAUGGAUAUACUGGUGAUCCGUUCCUUACGUGUACUUACCUUGAAGUUGUUGCUACGGAACUGGAACGCCCUACACCGUGCGUUCCUUCUCCAUGCGGUGUCAACGCAGAAUGCCGUGAACAAUACAACGCCGGGUCUUGUACUUGCCUAGAAGGUUAUUUCGGAAACCCAUAUGAGGCCUGCAAACCGGAAUGCGUACUUAACUCAGACUGUCCGGCCAAUCUAGCUUGCCGAAAUAAUAAAUGCUAUGAUCCCUGUCCUGGCACUUGCGGACUAAAUGCGCUAUGCAAUGUAAUCAACCAUAUUCCGAGCUGCUCUUGUCCAGACCAACAUUACGGGAAUCCUUACAAAAUAUGCAUAUUUAAGCUUCAAUCUGAAAUACAAGAUCCCUGUGAUCCAUCACCAUGCGGCCCUAAUAGUCAAUGCAGGUCUCAGAAUGGGUUGUCUAUCUGCACGUGCUUGGAUGGAUACCAAGGAUCACCUCCAAUGUGCCGGCCAGAAUGUUUAACCAGCUCCGAAUGUCCCAUGGAUAAGGCCUGUGAAAACCUUAAGUGUGUCAAUCCAUGCCCGAAAGGCUGCGGUGUUAAUUCAGACUGCAGAGUUAUUAAGCAUAACGCCAUUUGUACAUGCAAACGAGGUUAUACUGGAGAUCCAUUCUCACAAUGUUACGUGUCUCCAAUACCAGAACGGCCGCUCAUGGAUCCGGUUAACCCAUGCGUACCUUCGCCAUGUGGUUCGAACGCCAUAUGCCGUGACAUCGGUGGCAUCCCUUCGUGUACAUGCAAUGUUGGAUACCUUGGCAGCCCACCGAACUGCAAACCGGAAUGUGUUGCUAAUGCCGAUUGUAGCAAUGACAGAGCUUGCAUAAACAUGAAAUGUGAAAAUCCAUGUUUAGGUUCAUGCGGACUGAAUGCGGUAUGCAAUGUGAUCAAUCACGUGCCUAUGUGUUCGUGUCUAGAAGGAUAUCAAGGAGAUCCAUUUGCCAUUUGCAACCUUAAACCCUCAGAACCCCCACAAAAGACAGAUCCUUGUAAUCCAACACCGUGUGGGGCUAAUGCUCAGUGCAAUAACGGCAUAUGUACAUGUCUUGCUGAAUACUCCGGGGAUCCAUAUUUCGGUUGCCGACCUGAGUGCGUGCUGAGCUCAGACUGCCCUCUGGACAAGGCUUGCGUGCGUUCCAAAUGCGUUGACCCUUGCCGAAACAUGUGCGGUGUUAAUGCCGAGUGCAACGUUUACAACCAUGUUGCAGUAUGCAGUUGUCCGGCUAGUAUGACUGGUAAUGCUUUCAGCGAAUGCAACAUAAUCGAAAAGCCAACAAAUAGACCUUGUGAACUUUCUCCAUGCGGGCCUAACAGUAACUGCAGAGAAAUUAACGAACAAGCAGUAUGUGCGUGCUUACCAAAUUAUAUUGGAAAUCCACCUAAUUGUCGCCCCGAAUGUAUUCAAAGCUCAGACUGUACUCCAUCGCGUGCAUGUAUUAAUCAAAAAUGUGAAGAUCCAUGCCCGGGGUCAUGUGGAAAUAAUGCUAUCUGCAAUGUUAUAAAACAUAAUCCUAUCUGCAGCUGUCCUGACAGAUACACUGGUUCUCCGUUCUCCCAUUGCUAUGUAUUUGUUCCUGAAGAACUACCACCGUCUGACCCAUGCGUACCUUCCCCAUGCGGACAGAAUAGUAUUUGUAAACCAACUAACAGCGGUUCAUCUUAUGUAUGUACAUGUCAGCCGACAUUUGAAGGUACUCCGCCGCAGUGUCGUCGAGAAUGUACAAGCAAUGACGAUUGUUCCAUGGACAAAGCAUGCAUAAACUAUAAAUGUAAAGAUCCCUGUCCAGGAUCUUGUGGACUCAACACAGCAUGCAUUGUACGGCUGCAUAGUCCCAUGUGUUCCUGUGAAGAAAGUUAUACUGGUGAUCCCUUCACAGCAUGUCAUAGAAUACCAUUGGCUGAACCGACAGACCCAUGUAAUCCGACGCCGUGUGGUGCUAAUGCCCAAUGUAAAGUUUCAAGAAACCUAGCUGCUGCAUGCAUAUGUGACCCAGAUUAUUAUGGAAAUCCUUACGAAGCAUGCAGGCCCGAAUGCGUUACACAAACAGAUUGUCCGUACAACAAAGCAUGCUUAAAGAAUAAAUGUGUUGAUCCUUGUCCCGGAACGUGUGGUGUUUCAGCCGUGUGUCAAGUUAUCAACCACAUUCCAUCAUGUAGUUGUACACCAGGAUACACUGGAAAUCCUUACGCAUAUUGCCACAUUAUAAUCAACACUCCGGAACCAACCAAAGAUCCGUGUGUUCCAAACCCUUGCGGAAGCAAUUCAGUUUGCAAUAACAACAAUGGACAUGUGGCUUGCUCAUGUCAGCCCGAUUUUCUGGGAACUCCUCCAAAUUGCCGACCUGAAUGCACUGUAAACUCGGAGUGCGAAACUACAAAGAGUUGCUCAAGGCAGAAAUGUAUUAACCCAUGCACAAAUGCUUGUGGACAAAACGCUGAGUGCAGAGUAGUCAACCAUGCUCCUAUUUGCUCUUGCCGACCAGGUUUUGAAGGAGAUCCGUUCAUUAGAUGCUUAGCAGUUGAUAAAACUCCACCACGUGAAAUGAAUCCAUGCGUUCCAUCUCCCUGUGGACCAAACGCUCUCUGCCAAAUUGUAAACCAAGCACCGGUGUGCACUUGUAUUAACAACUACAUCGGAACGCCUCCAAACUGCAGGCCUGAAUGCACAGUAAACUCUGACUGUCCCAGUAAUAUGGCUUGCAUGAAUCAAAAGUGUCGUGACCCCUGUCCCGGCUCAUGUGGACUACAGACCGUGUGUCAAGUUUAUCAACAUGCUGCUGUAUGUAGCUGCAAAGAGGGUUUCACUGGGAACCCAUUCCAGAAUUGUUACAUUCAAGAACAUAUAGAAUCCCAACCAACUGUAUACGAUAAAUGCAAUCCCAGCCCUUGUGGAGCUAACGCUGACUGUAGAGAUGGCCAAUGCACUUGUAGACCAAAAUAUUUCGGCAACCCCUACAUGAGCUGCCAGCCCGAAUGCACACACAAUUCUGACUGCGCGCCACAUCUUUCAUGCAUUAAUAAUGAGUGUAAAAACCCAUGCGCAAAUAUUUGUGGUCAAGGUGCCGUUUGCGAAGUUUAUAAUCACAUACCAAUGUGUAGUUGUCCUUCUAAUACGACAGGAAAUGCAUUCUUCUCUUGUACUCCUAUUACAUCUAUAUCCAUCAGAAGAGACCCUUGCACGCCUUCACCUUGUGGACCAUACAGCGUAUGUCGAGCAAUUAAUGAGCAAGCGAUUUGCUCGUGUUUAAUGGGAUACAUUGGCGCACCACCUGCCUGUAGGCCGGAGUGCACUGUCGAUUCAGACUGCACAAGUUUAAUGGCCUGCUCCAAUCAGAAAUGUAAUAAUCCUUGCGCAGGCUCUUGUGGCCUUAACGCUGAAUGUAGAGUUCACAACCACAAACCGAUAUGCUAUUGCCCUAAUGGAUUUACUGGUGAUCCAUUCACCAGAUGUUCCAUUGUUGUGGACCGUGAUCAACCACCAAGAAAGGCUCCAUGUGAACCAUCGCCCUGUGGUCCUAAUUCCAUCUGUCGAGCCGUAAAUGACGCGCCGUCCUGUUCCUGCUCGACAGGUUUUAUUGGAACACCUCCUUUCUGCCGUCCUGAAUGUGUCACAAACAGUGAAUGUACUUUCGAUAAGGCGUGUAUCAACAACAAAUGCGUAGACCCAUGCCCUGGUGCUUGUGGACAAAACGCCAUAUGCCGCGUCAUCAGCCAUUCACCUCAAUGUGUUUGCCAACCAGGAUACGAAGGAAACUCCUUUGAUCAAUGUCUACCAAUUAAAGUACCAGAUCGGAAACCACCCAUCUCAACUCAACCAUGUGUGCCUAAUCCUUGCGGGCCAAAGGCAAUUUGUCAAGAGCGCAAUGAUGUGGGCAGCUGCACAUGUCUUAGUGGCUACUUCGGUAAUCCAUAUGAAGGUUGCCGGCCAGAGUGUUUAAUUAACUCUGAUUGUCCAGAAAAUCUCGCAUGUACAAAUAACAAAUGUCAAAAUCCAUGCCCUGGCUUAUGUGGAUCAAAUACUCGGUGCGAAAUGAUCAAUCACUAUCCUACGUGUGUUUGCCUCGAUCGAUAUGUGGGAAAUCCUUAUGAUGGUUGCAUCUUGAGAGAAGAAUCACCUAUUGAUCCUUGCACCCCAUCUCCCUGUGGAGCAUAUAGUACGUGCAAAGCAUUGAACGGUCAAGCUAUGUGCACAUGUUUACCACAAUAUUUCGGCACCCCUCCUAAUUGUCGACCUGAGUGUGUAACAAACCCAGAAUGUCCUCCAAACAAAGCUUGCAUAAGACAAAAAUGUGUAGAUCCAUGCAUUGGAACGUGCGGAGAAAAUUCACAAUGUCGAGUACAUUAUCAUAGUCCUUAUUGCACCUGUGCCCCUGGCUUUGAAGGAGAUCCAUUUAUUAGAUGUAUCAAACCAGCAGCAUCUCCACCACCAAAACCACCUGUAUGUGAGCCUAGCCCUUGCGGUAGAUAUUCUACAUGCAGAGACGUUGGUGGGUCAGCUAUUUGUAGUUGUUUCCAAGGUUACACCGGUGCGCCACCAAACUGCGCACCCGAAUGUACGAUUAAUGAGGAUUGUUCCAAUGACAAGGCCUGUGUGCGAGAAAAGUGUGUCGACCCAUGUCGUGGGUCCUGCGGGACAUUUGCCGACUGUCGAGCAAUGAAUCAUCUUGCUAUUUGUACGUGCCCAGCCGGUUAUAGCGGCAAUCCGUUUGUCAAUUGCUAUCCGUUUAAAGAACCUCAAAAAGAUUUACCGCUAGAUGCCUGUGCGCAAUCUCCAUGUGGAAUCAAUGCAAUUUGUUCUAACGGUUCUUGUUCAUGUAUUUCCGGAUAUCAAGGAAACCCCUUCAUUGAAUGUCGGCCUGAAUGUAUAAACGAUAAUGAAUGUUCGAAACAACAGGCCUGUGUUAAUUAUAAAUGUGUCAACCCAUGCAAUAAUGCAUGUGGCUUAGAUGCAAUUUGUAACGUUUACAACCACAUUGCGAUUUGCGAAUGUCCCGUUCCUCUAAAAGGCGAUCCAUUUAUUGCAUGUCGCCCUGUUAUAGCCCCAACGGUAACAGACCCAUGCACUCCAAAUCCAUGCGGUUCAAAUAGCAUUUGCCGAGCACAGGGCACCGUGGCGCAUUGUUCUUGCCGGCCACCCGCGCUUUCCGAUCCGAGCAGUUGCCGCCCUGAGUGCCGCGCCGACUCCGACUGUCCAGCAGAUCGCGCCUGCCGAAAUAACAAAUGUCACGACCCUUGUCCUGGCGUAUGCGGCCUCCGAGCUCUUUGCCAAACUAGAAUGCAUUCGCCUAUUUGCUCUUGCCCAAUAAACUUCAUUGGAGAUCCUUUUGUUCGUUGUUCACCAGCACCCACAGACGUAGAGUCUAAGGUUGUCUCACGAUGUCCCGACUGCGGGCCGAACGCAGACUGCCUUGAUGGCCAAUGUCGAUGCAGAUCGAAUUACUUUGGAGCGCCUCCUUUCUGUCGCCCUGAAUGUCUGAGUUCCAGUGACUGCGAAUGGCGCCUCACUUGCGUGAAUCGUCGCUGCAUAGACCCUUGCCCCGGCGCGUGCGGUCGCGGCGCGAUCUGUUCGCCUGUCUCCCAUGAACCUCGCUGCGAAUGUCCCCCCUCUACUACUGGAAACCCUCUUGUUGAAUGUCGUCCAAUUAGUGAUAUCCAGAAACCAAAAGACGAUCCUUGCUAUCCGUCACCCUGCGGGCCUGGGGCGAUCUGUCGCACGAGAGGCUUAGGCGCAUCUUGCGAAUGUGAGCCAGGUCUCCGCGGUGACCCGUACACGGGUUGCCGACCGGAGUGUUUGGCGGACUCAGACUGUUCACCUUCGCGCGCUUGCGUACGUUCUCACUGUCGUGACCCUUGCAUGGGCAGUUGCGGCAUAGGAGCAGAUUGCGAAACAUUCAACCACCUACCAACUUGUUCUUGUCCACCGGGCACAAGAGGCAAUCCUUUUGUACGAUGUGAAGAAGUGCUCAAAUCGGUGCCGCCGUGCGAUCCAUCCCCUUGUGGUCCAGGAGCUUUGUGUUCUGCCGUCGGUGAAAAUGCGGUGUGCUCGUGCCCGCAAGGCACCAGCGGAGAUGCAGCCGCAGGCGGCUGUCGACCUGAGUGCGUCGUCAGCUCAGAGUGUCCGCGCGAUCGUGCUUGUGUGCGAAACCGGUGCGUCGAUCCCUGCAUCGGCGCAUGCGGCAACGGUGCAGAGUGUCGUGUGUUUGAUCAUGCGCCAAUUUGCUCCUGCCCACCACCAACAACUGGAAAUCCAUUCCUAGGAUGUAGACAGUUGGAUGUGCAACCCAGUAAGGGCCCAUGCGAUCCUAACCCAUGUGGACCACACGGAACAUGCCGCAACGGUUUCUGCACCUAUCCAGAAUGUAUUGUUAACGAUGACUGCUCUGGAGACCGCGCUUGCAUUAAUCAAAAAUGUACUGAUCCAUGCGUCGGAGCUUGUGGAUUAAAUGCGAUUUGUUCAGGCGUGCGGCACUCGGCGGUUUGCUCAUGUCCCAAUGGUUACACGGGCUCUCCAUUUGUACGUUGCGAACGGAUCAUCAUACCCACACCCACACCUGUACCAGAAUGCAUCAGAGAUAACCAGUGCGCCGACAAUGCCGCAUGCGUCGACUCUCGUUGCUCUCCUGUAUGCGGACCCUCAAAUUGCGGCCUCAACGCACGUUGCAUGGCUAGAAAUCAUAGGGCUCGCUGUGCUUGUUUGCCAGGAUACGAAGGCGACGCCUAUACUGGCUGCUAUUCAGUGCAAUGUCACAGCAACAACGACUGCCCAUACGAUGAGAGUUGCAACGGCGGGUCAUGUGUCAAGGUGUGUCCCCGAAUUCGUUGUGGCACGGAGGCGCAUUGUGUAGCGCGUGGACACGUUGCCACGUGCGAAUGUGACAGCGGAGCUCGUGGCAACCCGUGGAUGGCCUGCCAUAGAGCCGAAUGUACUGUAGACGACGACUGUGCCUCAUGGCUGGCGUGCCGUGGAGGCACUUGUCAGAGCCCUUGUCCCGGAGCUUGUGCGCCGGACGCAGUGUGCACUGUCACGCGCCAUUCACCUGUCUGCGAAUGCCCGCGCGGAACUGUAGGCAACCCGAACGUUGAAUGCCGACGAGUUGUUGAUGACGUGGAAUGUGAAACUGACGCUGGCUGCGGCCCCGAUUUGGCAUGUCUGCAAGGCAAAUGCAAGAACCCUUGCGACGCUACUUCAUGCGGGAGAGGCGCUGUGUGCCGUGUCGCCAAUACUCUGCCGUUCCGAACACUAGUAUGCGAAUGCCCUAAACCACUAACGGGUGAUGCUUCCGUCCAAUGUAGUCCAAGAGGUGAAUGCAAUGAAGACUCAGAGUGCGGGGACGAGGAGACUUGUUCCUUAAAGCGGUGCGUCCCGGUGUGCGGGCCAGGCGCGUGCGGCGUGGGCGCCGAGUGCCGAGGUCGCGCGCAUCGCGCCUCAUGUACUUGCGUGCCGCCGUUACAGGGCGAUGCUCGAGUUGCGUGCUUGCCAGGUCUUCCAGACGUUCAAUGUACAACGGAUUCAGAAUGCGGCUCCGCGGAAGCGUGUGUAAACCGGCAAUGCGUGUCAACGUGCGCUGGAGCGUGCGGCACCGGCGCCUUGUGCGAGGCCACGCAGCACCGCGCGCGCUGCCACUGCCCGCCCGGAACAGCCGGAGACCCAGCCCGCACUUGUUAUACACCCGAGUGCACAUCCGAUGACAAUUGUCCAUUCGACAAGACCUGCAUUAACGGAUAUUGCCAAGAGCCAUGUAUACUGGGAUCACCUUGCGGUCGGGAUGCUACGUGCGAGGCCAUAGCUCACGUGGCUACGUGCCGCUGCCCGGCGGGAACGCAGGGCGACCCACGACGAGCUUGCAUCUCCGCCGUCUGCCACUAUAACGAGGACUGUGAUGAUACGCAAAUCUGCGACCGCCUCAAUAGAGUUUGCCGCCCCGCUUGUUCCGACAGCGCUUGCGCGCCUGGAGCACUAUGUACAGCUCAAAGACAUCGUCCGGUCUGCUCGUGUCCACCUGGACGCUCCGGUGAUCCUUACUCGCUUGGUUGUGCCUCUUAUGACGUCGGCCCCGAAUGCACAAGCGACUCCGAGUGCUCAGCUCCACUGGCGUGUGUUAACACUCGCUGCGUAGAUCUGUGCGUGGGUAACCCAUGCGAAACCGGGCUUGUGUGUAAAACGGUCGAUGUAUUGCCAUUGCGCGCUGUGGCUUGUGUCUGUCCGGAUGGAGGACGUGUGGCUCCCGAUAGUGGCUGCCGCGCGCCACCCGAUGCAGAGUGCUCAGCAGACUCAGACUGCGCGAAUAGCCAAACCUGUCGCCGCGGCAGCUGUGUCGAAGCUUGCAGAGCCGACCCGUGUGGACUCAACGCCCUUUGCGAAUCUAUCGACCAUGCCUCCCGUUGUUCAUGCCCACCUGAAUACACUGGAAACCCGAGAACAGAAUGCAACUUAGAACCCAGACUGCCAUCUAUAUGGGAAUGUUAUAACGAUGACGAAUGCGGCCCAGAGCGUGCCUGCGAGGAUCGUCGAUGCGUAAACCCAUGUAACUCUGCUUGUGGCGAAGGCGCACUGUGUCGAGUUAUUGACCACAAGGCGCAAUGUUCUUGCCCUAGAGGAUUCUCAGGCGAUGCUCGUGUUAGAUGUCAACCACCAUCAGACGUUCAAGUGGUUCCAGUGGGAUGCAAGGCCAACUCGGACUGCCCCCUGUCUCAAGCGUGCAUAAAUGGCGCUUGCGCUGAACCGUGCGCGUGUGGAUCACAUGCAGAGUGCAAUGUUGUACGACACCAUCCCGUAUGUUACUGCGAAGAAGGCUACUCUGGCAACCCGUACAUCGGAUGCACUAAAGUUGGAUGUUCAUCAGACUCUGAAUGUCCUGACAGCGAUACAUGCUACAACGGCGCUUGCGUCAAUCCUUGUAUUGUUGAGGCUCCAUGCUCCAUAAGCGCCGAAUGUUUCGGCAGAAAUCACCGAGCAAACUGUCGCUGUCCAGCUGGCACAAAUGGCAAUCCAUACACCAGAUGUCAACCAGUAGAAUGCGAAAUUAAUGCCGAUUGCAAUGAUGACAGCGUUUGCAUGAAAGGAGUUUGCCGACAUGCCUGUUCUACAGAAGGGCGCAGUCCAUGCGCAAGUAAUGCAGAGUGCUUCGCACGAAACCACGCUGCAUCUUGUAAGUGUCCUCCAGCACUCCCUAUAGGCGAUCCUCUAACAAACUGCGAAAAAGUCAUCAUUGGACCUGAAUGUAUAAUGGACAGCGAUUGCCCAAGUGGCCAAGCAUGCCUCAGAGAUCAAUGUCGUGAAGCUUGCGCAGAAUUACAACCAUGCCAGACUAAUGCAAGAUGCACCGUAUCGGAUAGUGUACCUUUCCGCACAUUGAUAUGCCGUUGUACUGAAGGCUACAUUCCGGAUGUCGGCGGCGCUUGCAGACCUACACAACUGCCUGCUCCUAGUUGUUCGUCUGACGAUGAGUGCAGCGAUAAUGAAUCAUGCGUUAACAGAAUUUGUCGGAACCCAUGUAAUUGUGGUGAAAAUGCAGAGUGCUUUGUACGCAAUCAUCGUCCGGUGUGCUCAUGCCGCGAGGGCUUUGACGGAAAUCCUUAUCAAACUUGCCGCACUGUUGGUUGUCGCUCCAACUCAGAAUGCGAAUCAAAUCAAGCAUGUGUAAAUGGAAAUUGUGUUAGCCCAUGCUUAUUGAACAGUAACUGUGGACCAAAUGCUGACUGUUACGUCGAAAGAAACCAACCACUCUGCCGCUGUCGACCUGGAUUCGAAGGAGACGCAUAUGAAGGAUGUAAUGCGAUAGAAUGUAGAUCAAAUGGAGAUUGUCCUCUAGACAAAGAAUGCCGCAGCCACAGAUGCAUUAAUCCAUGUUAUUCGAAAACGAAUUGCGGAAAUAACGCAGUUUGCUUAGUGCGCAAUCAUAUUGCAGUGUGUAAAUGUGAACUAGGAUUUAUUGGAAGUCCCUAUGUAGAAUGCAAACCUGAAAUUAUAGCAGAAUGUUUCGUUGAUGCAGAUUGCCCACCUAGAGCAGCAUGUUUAUCAUCGAGAUGUGUUAAUCCAUGUUCAGUGCUUAAACCAUGCGCCACACCGGCGCAGUGUGAAGUCUCACCCACAUUGCCGGUUCGCACUAUGAUCUGUACCUGUCCACCUGGUUACAUUAGCAGCGGAGGAGGCUUAUGCCGCCCAUUCACUACUUUUUCGGACGUUGCUUGCGAAAUUGAUACCAACUGCACGUCUAAUCACGCCUGCAUAUCUUCGGUUUGUCAGAAUCCAUGUGAAUGUGGUCCAAACACAGAUUGCCAAAUCAAGAAUCAUAAGCCAGUAUGUGCUUGUCGACCAGGAUUCAUCGGCGAUGCUCGCACUGGGUGCUACGAUGUUCUUUGCCGAUCAGAGUCACAAUGUUCAGACGACGAAACUUGCAUCAAUAACCGCUGUAUUCCAGCUUGUUCAGUGGACGGCGAAAUAUGUGGAACAUCGGCCGAAUGUUACGGAACCAACCAUCGUGCUUCCUGUCGCUGUAAAAUUGGAACUGCCGGUAACCCGUCUAUCGGCUGUACGCCUAUCGGUUGUAGGGCGAACUCAGACUGCCCGUCGGAUAGAUUGUGUGUUAACUCACAGUGCAUAGAACCCUGUACAGCAAACACCUGCGAGCAACCCGCAGAGUGCAGGGUACAUCUUCAUGAGGUGCACUGUGUCUGUCCACCCGGUUACCAGAGUACAGACCAAGGCUGCACUAAAACGACGGAACCCCAGUGCACUACCGAUUCAGAAUGUCCAGCAGGAACCGCGUGUCUGAAUGCUAAGUGUGUCGAACCUUGUCUCGAGACAAGCCCGUGUGGAAAUAACGCUGAAUGUAGAGUGGUAGACUCGCUUCCUGUCAGGACCAUGGUUUGCGAAUGCUUACCAGGAUAUAGAGGAAAUGCUUUAGUGGAAUGCACACCAAAUAUACCACCUACUGCAGUAUGCAUAGAAGGACAAGCAAUGGAUGUGAACGGUGAAUGCGUUCCAUGCCGCGAGUCAGAAGGCCGCAUUGUGGACUCACGCGGACGCUGCGUAUGUGACGCAAGUCGCGGCCUUGUUCUGCGAGGCGACGAGUGCCUGCCUGUUGCGGGCUGUCGCUCCGACACCGACUGCGAUGACCGCGCCACAUGCCGCAACAGCAUCUGCAUACCAGCCUGCGAUGCUGAGCCCUGCGGGUUACACGCCAUCUGCACCGCACAGGGGCAUCGCUCCAUUUGCACAUGUGCCAACGGUUACACCGGAAACCCGAAAGAACACUGCAACGCUACUACUCCUAACUAUCGUACGGACUUCCCAUUGCCAGACAUGCAAGUGCAUUGUCUCGCUGACGCUGUGAAAGUGAGUCUGAAGAUCAAGGAUUUCAAUGGAGUUUUGUACGUAAAGGGAUACAGCAAAGAUGAACGCUGUAGACUAGUUGUACAUAUCCCCGAGAACGAAGAACUUGUUGAUUUCACUGUGCACUUCGGAGACUGCGGUUUGGUGCAUGUUAAUGGCAUGGCCAGCUUCGUGCUCGUGAUGCAGAUUCACCCAACACUACUAACAUCAAACGCAAAGGCAUUCCACAUCAAGUGUAUAUACCAGACGGGUGAAAAGAACGUAACGCUGGCGUUCAAUGUGUCCAUGUUGACUACAGCUGGUACAAUCGCAAAUACUGGCCCACCACCCACGUGCUCUAUGCGCAUCGUCUCAAGGACUGGUGACGAAGUUAGCUCUGCGGAGAUCGGAGAGAACCUCGUCUUACAAGUUGAUGUCCAACCGUCAAGUAUCUACGGCGGGUUUGCACGCAGCUGUAUCGCGAAGACGAGCGAAGCAUCGACCAACGUGGAGAACGAGUACACGGUGACAGACGCGGACGGCUGCGCCACGGACGCCACCAUUUUCAACGACUGGGAGCGCAGCGAGGACGGCAGCGCGCUACGCGCCGCCUUCAAUGCUUUCAAGUUCCCAAGCAGCGACAACAUACGCUUCCAGUGCAACAUACGAGUCUGCUUUGGAAAAUGUCAACCGGUUAAUUGCCGCGGCGCUGAUGCUUACGGCAAACGAAGAAAACGAGAAGCGAUCGACACCGAUGGCCCUCUGUCGACCAGAGAGGACCAAAUUCGAGAAGAAGUUAAGGUCGAAUCGAAUCAGAUAUUGACAUUAGAAAGACGCGAUCCGUCGCGUGUUGCGCGUCAGCGCGAUGCGUCCGGCGGCAGCGGGGACCCGGCGGCGGGCGCCGGCGAGGUGUGCGUUUCGGCGGCCGGGCUGGCGGUGGCGUUGGCACUGACGGCGCUGCUAGCGCUCGUGGCGGUAGCAGCGGCCGUGGCGUGCUGGCUGGUGGCAUGGCGACGUGCGAGACCUCCACCUGCGCCGCUACCACACCCGCCUGACUUCCCGAACCCUCUGUUCCAGCGCUAAGACACACUACUACUAGUCCUCGCCCCGCUCCUCCGCCGGCGCUGGGCGGUGUCGGCUCCUUUCUUCUUACUCACUUAGCUUUAAUAUGUGCGCGCCGUCGGAGGACCGCCGGGCUAGGGCGCCGGGAGCGCCGCGCGGCUUGAAACCGCGCCCCUCGCUCGCGCUUCCAGCGCCCUUUUUAGAUUUAUAUUGUAUCUAUAUUAACGUCGAAUCGUCGAAUCGUCAAAUCCUUCGAAUUUUGUGAUAUUCAUAAAACAUAAUAUACGCUGAAAGAAAUCACCAGAUUUUUAUGUAAAAUAAACUUAGGUUAGGUAAAAUAAACAAUUAAUAAAUAA